AUGAGCGCAGAGCAGGAGCUGGAGAGCUGCUUGAGGCAUUAUAAGGCUCUGGGGCAGGAGGAAGGCUCCAGGAGCACCUGCCAGGCUUUGCUCUUGGUCCUGGAGAAGCUCAAGCAGUUUGCAGGGUAAGUAAGGCUGAGGGUGCACGUGGCUUUUUGCAGAAUAUUUGUGUGUGUGUGUCACGUAUAAGCUUUUGUUGCUGGAGAACGACCAGUAAUAAUGAUGAUUAUUAUUGAUUUGAACUUUUUAGUUGCUUGUUAAACGAAAAGGUCCCCAACUUACUUGCAACAUAUUUAAAAGCAUAAAAACAUGCCAUUUAUAAAGCUUGCGCACACACACACACACACACACACACACACACACACACCUGCUAAUCAUGCUGGUCUUUGAUAUUUUUCAGAGGUUCUGUGAAGAGAUGUAGAGAGAAAAACCUGGAGGAGGCUUUUCAGCAGUUGGUGCAAGUGAGCAAAGGACUGGGGGAACUGAGCCGUGAGGAUUUUCUGCCUCUGCUCCGCUGCGUGCUCGCUUGUCAAAUGGAGACGGCGGGCUCCAGCGCUUUCCAUCGACUUGAGAAGGUGUGCUCAUGCGGAAAUCGAAUUCAUUGGCAGCACAACGCAUGGAUGAAUUGCGGAACUCCCUGUCGUGAGAAGUUGCGAUGGACUCCACGUUGAACAGCUUUAAAACAAACACCAGAAGAGUUUGGCCUAUCUAAUCCUGUUCUCAACAGUAGCCAAGCAGAUACCUGUGGGAAACCUGAGCCCAAGAGUUCUCUUCCCUCCCGUGGUUUCCAGCAACUCGGAUUAUGAUUAUUAUGAUUAUUUUAGUUUCUUUAUCUUGCCCAAAGCCUAGUAGCCACUGAGAGCCCUCUCCUCCAGGAAUUUCCCCAGUCCUUUUUAAAGCCAUCCUUCUUGGUGUCUGUCGCUGCUUCCAGUGGGAGAGAGUUCCACAGUUUAACUAUACGCUGUGUGAAAAAGUCCUUUCUUUUAUCUGUCCUGAAACUUCCAGCAUUCAGGUGCAUUGGAUGUCUCCCGAGUUCCUAGUUUAAGAGAAGGAGAAAUAGUUUUCUUCUGUAUACUGUCUCCAUGCCGGGCAUAAUUUUAUAAAGUUCUUUUUUUUCAUUCAAAUAAUAUUUAUUAUUUUCAGUAGAUAAACAUAAUAAAGAGAAAAAAAAGAUUAACAAUAAUAAAAACAAACAAAGAAAAAAAGAAAAAAGAUACAUACAGCAUAUUACCACUUAAUUAAUUUAAAUUAAGUACCAUCCAUCUUCAUAAACAUAGUCCUCGAAUCUCUUCCAUCCGAAUUUCUUAGUAAUUAUAUGUAGCAGUUUCCAAUAUCAGUGUUUCAAAAGACCAUAUCACAGUCCUGAUCAUAUUACAUAACUUUCCUUAUUGUACAUUUUCUUAUUUAUAAAUUUAAUUCCAUUUUAAUCCUAGGCCUAAUUGUUUCUUUCAAGUGGUUACAUAUCUUUAAUAUUACAAUAUUUAUUCAAAUAGUCUUUAAAUUUCUUCCAGUCUUCUUGAUGUUCCUCUUCUUUCUGGUCGCGGAUUCUACCGGUAAGAUCAGCCAGCUCCAUAAACUCCAUCAUCUUCAUCUGCCAUAAUUUUAUAAAGUUCUAUCAUGUCACCUCUUACUUGCAUUUUCUCGAAACUAAAAAGUUCCCCCCAAAACUGAAAAGCCCACUUAAUGAAAAGGAAUUGUGGCGGGGAAACCAUGGAGGAAAUGGCCGAGAAGGGCUAAUAGUCACAGUGGCUAUAUGCUGUAUGCUCCGGGAAUAGUGGCAAUAAGUCUCUGGAUACCAGAUAUUGUUGUGAAAUAGUAGGAGAUCCCUGUGGCACUGGUGUUCCACUUCUGGGCUUCCCAUAGGCAUUGGUUUGGCCACUUUGGGAAACGGGAUCCUGGAAUAGUUCGACCAAGGGUAGCCAGUAGGGAGCUUGCCAAAUGCUGGGCUCCCAACUCCUAUCAGCCUCAGCCAGCACUAUCAAGGAUGAUGGGCGUUGUAGUCUGUUGCAUUGACUACAAUUGAGAUAGGCCUUUGAUUUGAUCUAUCGGUACUCUUAUGCUCUUAGGUGGUUUGUUGUUGUUUAGUCAUUUAGUCGUGUCCGACUCUUCGUGACCACAUGGACCAGAGCACGCCAGGCACUCCUGUCUUCCACUGCCUCCCGCAGUUUGGUCAAACUCAUGCUGCUAAAUUCGAGAACACUGUCCAACCAUCUCGUCCUCUGUCGUCCCCUUCUCCUUGUGCCCUCCAUCUUUCCCAACAUCAGGGUCUUUUCCAGGGAGUCUUCUCUUCUCAUGAGGUGGCCAAAGUAUUGGAGCCUCAGCUUCUGGAUCUGUCCUUCCAGUGAGCACUCAGGGCUGAUUUCCUUCAGAAUGGAGAGGUUUGAUCUUCUUGCAGUCCAUGGGACUCUCAAGAGUCUCCUCCAGCACCAUAAUUCAGAAGCAUCAAUUCUUCGGUGAUCAGCCUUCUUUAAUGUACAAUCAUACCUCGGAUUAUAGACGUUUCAGGUUGAGUGUUUUUGGGUUGCACACCGCACCGAACCCAGAAGUACCGUAACAGGUUACUUCCGGGUUUCGGUGCUCGCGCAUGCGCAGAAUUACUAAGUCACACUUUGCACAUGCGCAGAAUCUCAACCCGUGCGUGCGCAGAAGCGACGCUGCGGGUUGCGAACGUGCCUCCCGCACGGAUCACAUUCGCAACCCGAGCGUCCACUGUAUAGGUCGUUUUCUUGCUUUCAGCCAGCCAUUGGACAGUGGACCCAGCUGUGCCUCUUGCCCUGCUCUCUUAAAAUGGCCAACAAAGCAUCUAGGAACCUGGCAACCCUAGUUGAUGAAGGGGGAGAGAGGAAGAGAUAAUGACCCUUGACUUCAAAGAAGCAGAAAUGUCCCAAGACAUUCCCCUCCCAGAGCUACAAUUCCUCUUCCCAGGGAACUCUGGGAAUUGUAGUUCUGUGAAGGGAACAGGGUUUUUUUUAUAGCAACUCCAUGCACUCGGAAAAAACUACAGCUCCCCUAAUUCUUCUCAUGGCUGUUUAAAGUGGUAUUGUAGUGGGUGUGAAUGUGGCUAUAGUAUGUGCAGGACUGAUUCCCUCUUCUCCCUUAGAUUGUUGCAAAACUGUCAGAAGGGAACAACAGAUCCUUGGUCACAGAGCAGCUGAAUAGGUGCAUGGCCAGCCUGGCUGAAGAUGGGGAGGUAAGAGAAAGUUUUGUUUCACCCUCUUGAAAAUAUCGCCUUCUUCUGGCAUUGUCUACUUCAUCAUCAUCACCAUAAUUUAUUAUUUUUACCCCACCCAUCUGGCUGGGUUUCCCCAGCCAAUGUGGGCAGCUUCCAACAGGAUAUUAAAAACACAAUAAAACGUGAAACAUUAAAAACUUCCCUAAACAGGGCUGCCUUCAGAUGUCUUCUGAAAGUCAGAUAGUUGUUUAUCUCCUUGACAACUGAUGGGAGGGCGUUCCACAGGGUGGGUACCACUACCGAGAAGGCCCUCUGCCUGGUGCCCUGUAACCUCACUUCUUGCAAGGAGGGAACUGCCAGAAGGCCCUCAGAGCUGGACCUCAGUGUCCAGGCUGAAUGAUGGGGGUGGAGACGCUUUCAGGUAUACUGGACCGAGGCCAUUUAGGGCUUUAAAGAUCAGCACCAACACUUUGAAUUGUGCUUGGAAACGUACUGGGAGCCAAUGUAGUUCUUUCAGGACUGGUGUUAUAUGGUCCUGGCGGCCACUCCCAGUCACCAGUCUAGCUGCCGCAUUCUUGAUUAGUUGUAGUUUCUGUGUCACCUUCAAAGGUAGCCCCACGUUGAGCGCAUUGCAGUAGUCCAAGCGGGAGAUAACUAGAGUAUGGACAGACUUCACUUGAUUAAGGUCACAUGGAGAAAAAGCAGGUCUGUGACUCUCUGGUCAGCCAAAGAGACUUGAGCCACCACAUGCCAGCCAAACAAGAAUGCCAGCAAGGGAAGAUCAGCCUGGCUUCAACUACAGGCUUCCCCAGCCUGGUGCCCUCAAGAUGUUGCAAGACUGCAGCACCCAUCAGGCCCAGCUAGCAUGACCAAUGGUCCAGGAUGAUGUUCUUCCAUCACUUGUUUGGGCGGGGCCAUGUUUCCCGAGCAGGAUGUCUGCUUUGCAUGCAGCUGGUCCAAGUUUGAUCCCUGGCAUCUCCAGGUAAAGGCUGGGUGAGAAUCCUGGAGAGCUUCUUCCCAUCAGCGUAGACAAUAUCUUCUUCUUCUUUGGCGAUCACUCGUAGUCAAGUAAGAUUGUCUUCCAUGAACACGGUCUUAACAGUGAAUCCGUAAGUGACUGUGGAGGCCAUUUCUGGAUCCACAUGUCCUUCUACAGUGAGGACGUAGAUUUCCAGGCGGGAGUUGAUCAUGAUGAGGGUUUGCCAAGCGUGCCUUCCUCUUAGCAUGUUUCUCCCUUGCGUCCUGAGUUCAAGUGUCUUCAAAGCCCAUGACUCCCUUGGUAAAUGCUGUUCUCCAACUGGAGCGUUCGCAGGCCGGUGUUUCCCAGUUAUCGGUGUUUAUACUACUUUUUUUUUAAGAUUUGCCUUAGAAAGUCUUUAAGCCUCUUUUAUUGACCUCCAGCAUUACGCUUUCCAUUGUUAAGUUCGGAAUACAGUACCGUAGUUGCUUUGGAAGACGAUAAUUGGGCAUCUGUACAACAUGACCAUAAGGGGCGCGGGUGGCGCUGUGGGUUAAACCACAGAGCCUAGGACUUGCCAAUUAGAAGGUUGACUGUUCAAAUCCCCGUGACGGGGUGAGCUCCCGUUGCUCGGUUCCUGCUCCUGCCCACUUAGCAGUUCAAAAGCACGUCAAAGUGCAAGUCGAUAAAUAGGUACCGCUCCGGUGGGAAGGUAAACGGCGUUUCCGUGUGCUGCUCUGGUUUGCUUAGUCAUGCUGGCCACAUGGCCCGGAAGCUGUACGCUGGCUCCCUCAGCCAAUAAAGCAAGAUGAGUGCCGCAACCCCAGAGUCGGCCAUGACUGGACCUAAUGAUCAGGGGUCCCUUUACCUUUACCUUACAACAUGACCAGUCCUACGAAGCUGAUGUUGAAGAACCAUUGCUUCGACACUGGUGAUCUUUGCUUCUUCCAAGUACGUUGGCAUUAGUUCGCCUGUCUUCCCAAGUGACGUGUAAAACUAUUAGACAAUAUAAAGCUAGGUGAACCAGUGUUCUGACUUGGUGUAAGGCAGCUUCCUAUGUUUUUGUGUAACAUGCUUGUUUCCUUCUUUCAGCCAAUGCCUCCUGGAUCGCUUCAGACAGGUUAGUUUCCAAACUCCACCUACCCUGUGCCCACUGCUCUGUUUUUUUGUACCAGAGGGACACAGCCAGCUAGGGCAUUUUGUCCCUGAAGUGCUCGAUUUGCAUGUGCCAGAAGCAAUUCAGCAGUCAUGCUGGGAUGUGGUACAGUCCCCUGCUCAGACUCGAGGACUGUACCACAUUGUCUUAUGUACAGUUUAAAUUGGAUGAAUGAACAGACCAAUAUAAUUCAAUGCACAUUUAUGCUUCUCAGUACCAAGCUUCCACAGCAUAUCUGGUCGGUGUCAGGUUUCGGAGGCUUGGCUUCCUCCCCACUUGGCCGUAAAUAAGUAGUACAACGAGAAAGCAGUCUCUUACCAGUAAUAGAAGUAUUUAAUGAACGCAGCAAAAGAACAAGCGACCCUUCUGAGAGUGCAGGUGCUCCCUAUUAAGGUUCCACCCACUUCCCUCUAGUCACUUCCGCCCUCUCGUCUCCUAACCCCCUGAUCUCUCAACCAUUGAGCCUUUUGAGAAUUCACCUUAUCUUAUCUCCUAGCCUUGGGACUGAGAGGCUGCACAUCUUCCGGUGAGAGAGAGUCAGCUAGCUCACUCUCUUCCUGUUAUUCUUCUUGCUGUUCACCUCCCAGUUCUGCCCAACUAUUGCCUUCCGAACUGUGCCCCUCGGCGAACCAUUGUUCCAAAUCAACACUACUCCCCUGCUCCUGUGGAGUUUCAGAAUCCUGGCCAUGAUCAGGUGGAGCGAGAGGCUCCCACCGUUCCUCAUCAGAGUUGUACUCCUCAGCCUGGUCUCUGACAGUUGGCCACCGUGAGAACAGGAUGCCGGACUAGAUGGGCCAUUGGCCUGCCCCCUCAGGACUCUUGUUACGGUCUUAAAAUCAGACGACUAGUUAAAACAAUUAGAAACAGAUACACAUAAAAGUAUACUUUUUUUUUUACGAAGCCAACAAAAAAAAAUUCUCCUGAUCUACAUUAGCUCAGAUUUUCCUCCUCCCCAAAUCCUCUCUGUAAUAUGGGGAGAAAUAUCCCUUAAACUAAACAAUACCAAAUUUCCAGAAGAUCCUCCCGGGAGAUUUCUUAAUAAGGGGAGAAUCGACCUCUUUCCAUUCCCUACACAAGUUAUAACGCAGACAAAAACAAGCAACAGACUCAUUUUGCUCCUGCUGCACACAGACCUAGGUCCUGUUCAAUCAUCCAUUUAUCAAUGUGGGAGGCAGCACACUGAAAUGAGCAAGCAUAAAUGCUCUCCAAUACAGCGGUACCUUAGUUCUCAAACGCCUUGGUACUCAAACGCCUUGGUUCUCAAAUGCCGGAAACCCAGAAGUAAGUGUUCCGGUUUUUGAACAGUUUUUGGAAGUCGAACGUCUGAUGCGGCUGUUGGCUAUUGUUUCCGGGGCUCCUGCACCAAUCAGAAGCUGCGCCUUGGUUUUCAAACAUUUUGGAAGUCAAACGGACUUCCGGAAUGGAUUAAUUUUUGGCACUUUUGUUUUUGCUAUUUAUUUAUUUAUUUUUGUUUUUGAGGCUUUUUUGGUUAAUUUGUUUUUGUGACUGUGUGGAACCCAGUUCAGCUACUGAUUGAUUGUGUGACUGUGGAAAUGGAUAAGAGCCCCCCAUCCAAACAAUGACUAUCAUCAGUGCAGGUACGAAAAAAAAAUAGUUUUAAUUUUUAUCAUCUACAAUACUGUCUUAUUUAUAGUACAGUACAUUGAUUAUUGCUUUCAUUUCAUGGAUCAAUGGUCUUGUUAGAGAGUAAAAUUCAUGUUAAAUUGCUGUUUGAAGGGUUGUUCUUAAAAGUCUGGAACGGAUCAAUCCGUUUUGCAUUACUUUCUAUGGGAAAGCAUGCCUUGGUUUUGGAACGCUUUGGUUUUGGAACGGAUUAAGUUUGAGAACCAAGGUACCACUUUAUCUGGAGACUCCUAGAGCAAUCAUAACCACAGGAAGCGGCAUAAUUUUGGCCAAUAUUUCUUAGGCAGUUGUUAAGUCUUUGCCCUCAGUGCACUCCUUUUUGUAGACUUCCUCUGGGUUAAUUUCGCCGGGUUUAAUUUCCACCCCAUUAACUUCUGCUGGUUGAGCCCCGGCUGAACCGGGGCGAGGGACUUGCACAUGCGUAUCUCCAGCUGAGCCCCAGCUCAGCUGAGAAGGCUCAAGAUCCGCCAAACCCAGACUCUUUCAUCCCAGCAUAUCUUGGGCAUGCUUGCGCCAUUAACGUCUGCAAGUAUGAAAUUUCUUUAAUUCAGGGGGGCACAUUUAAAUGGAUUCUUCUAAACAUCCAACCAAGCCAUAGCAGUGGUUCCUUAUUCCGCAGUGUGCAUGUUUGUCGAGGGGAGUGUGCUGGGACGAUGCUACUGGAGGAGCAACCUGGUGCCUAUCCUGAGAUGCGUUGCUGCCACGUUUGAUGUGAUCAUGCAGGACCAGGUAGCCUGGAAUGAGGAGUGGCAUUACGUCACCGUGAAGGUAAGGAAUGGGGCUUCUCCCCAGCGCUUUAAGCUGUCAUCCUAUAUGUCAGGGUUCCCCAACCCCAGGGUUUCUCCAGCUGUUGUCGGACUACAAAUCCCAUCAUCCUUGACUGCUGGUCCUGCUAGACAGGGAUGAUGGCAGCUGUCUGACAACAGCUGGAGAACCAAGUUUGCAUUUCUUAGUGCAGAAAGUAUUGAUCUGAUGUGUAGAGAUCUUUCCUAUUCUAAUUAAUUCAAGAGGGUUCUGGAAGCUUUCCUGUGUGAAAGAAACAAGUAGAAAGUCUGUGAUGUUUGGGUUAUUCCUUCAGAGAAGCUGAGUACAGCUGAUUUAAACUGUUCCGUUAUCUCUUCUGUCGAGCUCAUGCUGUAUAAUUACAGUGGUACCUCGGGUUAAGUACUUAAUUCGUUCCGGAGGUCCGUACUUAACCUGAAACUGUUCUUAACCUGAAGCACCACUUUAGCUAAUAGGGCCUCCUGCUGCCGCCGCGCCGCCAGAGCACGCUUUCUGUUCUCAUCCUGAAGCAAAGUUCUUAACCCAAGGUAAUUUUUCUGGGUUAGCGGAGUCUGUAACCUGAAGCGUAUGUAACCUGAAGUGUAUGUAACCCGAGGUACCACUGUAUAGGCCGGAAGGAGCCUCGGUUUCUUUUUCUCUCGCUCUCCUUUCUGGUGUGGUGUUCUGUACAUAGUAUGCUAUAGUGUUAAGGUUUAGACUUAUUAUAAGUUAUUGUAAGUUUAAGUGAAGUCUGCUGCAACUGGAUUUCUUAUGGACAGGGCCAAUCCUGAACGUAUUGGAUUUGUGACCAGUUAUGCUCAUUUGCCUUCAGUAGCAAUAAAGCUCGGCUGGAUGAAAUACAGUUGCCUCUGGUCUGUUGUUUGGGAAUCCUGCAACGUUUUAAGUUGUUACUCUGCUAACUAUACAUUGGAAUCUACUGUGGAUCAAUAUUGAGUAGAAUUCCACGACAGGUAAACACUGCUAUAUGUGCUUAAUACAGGAACUCAAUGGGACUUCCUUCUGGGCAGAUGAGUCUAGGAUAGAAUAGAAUAGAAUUUUAUUAUUACGGUCACAGAUCAUUUCCGGCUCACUUAUAAUAUCAGAGUCUAGGAUUUGCCAGUUAAUUGACCUCCGGUGCAAUCUGGCACACAUUUGCUCAAAAGGAAGCAGGAAUGAGGUCCAUACGUUUACUCAAAAGGAAGUAGCUGUGGGUUCAGUGGAAUAUGGGGCUAGGAACGUAGGGAACUGGACUUGGUGUAAUCUGCACCAAGACUGAUGUAGCUGUCUAUACCUUGGACCCCAGACAUUGUUGGACGACAACUCCCAUCAUCCCCACCCAGCUUGGCCCAAUGGACAGGGUAGCCCAACAACAUCUGGGGACCCCAGGUUGAAAAAAUGCCAGUCUACACUCUCUGCCAGCUGCUCUCCAGCUUUUCAUACCCUCCCAGCCCAAGUUGGAGAUUCUGGGGAUUGAACCUGGGACCUUCUGCAUGCAAAGCAGGUGCUCUGCCACUGAGCCACGGCAACGGAUCAGUUAGAGAAUUAUAGCCUUGAUCAGCAGAGGUUUAGCAAUCAGCCCCUCUUCCCAGGCAACUCUGGGAAUUUCCACUCUCUGCGGGGUAAUAGGGGCUUUCUAACGAACUCUCAGCACCCUGAACAAACUCCAGUUGCCAGGAUCCUUUCAACAGGAUGGUUGUUGAAAGUGGCAUGACGCUGCUUUAAAUGUACAAUGGUACCUCGGUUACAUACUCUUCAGGUUACAUAUGCUUCAGGUUACAGUCUCCGCUAACCCAGAAAUAGUACCUCGGGUUAAGAACUUUGCUUCAGGAAAAGAACAGAAAUCGUGCAGCAGCGGCAGCAGGAGACCGCAUUAGCUAAAGUGGUGCUUCAGGUUAAGAACAGUGUCAGGUUAAGAACAGUCCUCCAGAACGAAUUAAAUACCGUAUUUUUCGCUCUAUAAGACGCACCAGACCACAAGACGCACCUAGUUUUUGGAGGAGGAAAACAAGAAAAAAAAUAUUCUGAAUCUCAGAAGCCAGAACAGCAAGAGGGAUCGCUGCGCAGUGAAAGCAGCAAUCCCUCUUGCUGUUCUGGCUUCUGGGAUAGCUGCGCAGCCUGCAUUCGCUCCAUAAGACGCACACACAUUUCCCCUUACUUUUUAGGAGGGAAAAAGUGAGUCUAAUAGAGCAAAAAAUACGGUACUUAACCCGAGGUACCACUGUAUAGUGCAUACGAGGCCUAAUUCUGCUCACUGUGGCAUCUCCUGCUAAUUCAGUGUGUUGAUAUGAUGGGAAAAGAUACAGUGAGGGGGGGAAGUAUUUGAUUCCCUGCUGAAUUUGCCUGUUUGCCCUCUGACGAAGAAAUGACCAGUCCAUAAUUUUAAUUUGGGCCCGAGCCCACCCCUCCUAAUAAGAAACCUAGCCUGUGAUCUUAUGCAUCCUGUUACCUGGGUUCCAAGCCCCACUGAGAGCAGCAGGGCUGACUUCAGAGUCCAAUAUGGAUUGGAUUGAGCAGAAGCAAACGACCCAUCCUGAUACGCUUUGUGCUCUCUGUUUGUGCUCUCUAGGUGUGCCUGCAGCUUUUCAAGUGGAUGCCAGAAGAGAUUUUGCGCCUUGCGUGGGAAGGAACCGAGAACAGCAAAACCCUUCAAAGGAUUUUGAGCUCUCUGCUGCAAAGCAUUGUGGGAAAGGUGCCUGUUUAUGAACCGGUCUGGCUUAUAGUCCUGUGCGGUCUCCUUUUUAAAAAACCGAAACCAAAAUAAAACGUUGUUGUUACCUGCCUUUCACACGCAGGUCGAAGGGUGGGGUAAAGGUAAAGGUAAAGGGACCCCUGACCAUUAGGUCCAGUCGUGGUAGACUGGGGUUGCGGCGCUCAUCUCUCUUUAUUGGCCGAGGGAGCCGGCGUCCAGCUUCCGGGUCAUGUGGCCAGCAUGACUAAGCCGCUUCUGGCGAACCAGAGCAGCGCACGGAAACGCCGUUUACCUUCCCAACGGAGUGGUACCUAUUUAUCUACUUGCACUUUGACGUGCUUUUGAACUGCUAGGUUGGCAGGAGCAGGGACCGAGCAACGGGAGCUCACCCCAUCGUGGGGAUUCAAACCGCCGACCUUCUGAUUGGCAAGUCCUAGUCUCUGUGGUUUAACCCACAGCGCCACCCGCGUCCCUGGGUUACACCAGUUUAAAAAUUCAGUUAUUAAAAGUAGUUAAACUGCAAUCAUGGGAACAGAGACCUGUCUUGCAAACCUAGAUCUCAGUUGUCAACAGGCCAGGGUAAAGAGGUAGACCCACUUAUUCUGCAUUGAACACCCCCCUUGUCAAUCAAGGCGUGCUUUACACACAUGCUUCAAUAGAGCCGUGUCAAAUGAUUCAUACAAUAAAAUACUUAAACACUAACUCAUGUACAUAAAUAUAAAUAAAAUCAGGGAGCAUUACAAGGCAGCAUAAUGCAAAACACCAGUGAAGAAGAAGAAGAGUUUGGAUUUGAUAUCCCUAAGGAGUCUCAAAGCGGCUAACAUUCUCCUUUCCCUUCCUCCCCCACAACAAACACUCUCUGAGGUGAGUGAGGCUGAGAGACUUCAGAGAAGUGUGACUAGCCCAAGGUCACCCAGCAGCUGCAUGUGGAGGAGCGGGGAAGCGAACCCGGUUCACCAGAUUAUGAGUCCACCGCUCUUAAUCACUACACCACGCUGGCUCUAGAACACCACACAGUCAGUACAACACUACUUGCAUGGUGCAGUGGUUAGAGUGUUAGAUUAAGAUCUGGGGGACCAGGGUUCAAAUCCCCACCUGGCCAUGAAGAAGGUCACUGGGUGACCUUGGGGCCAGUCACAGCCUUUUAACCUACCUCACAGGGUUGUUGUGGGGGUCAAACAAGGAGGGAGAGAAUUAUGUAUGCAGCCUUGAGCACCUUGGAGGGAAAGGUGAGAUAUAAAUGCGGUAAAUGCAUACUUAGGUCCAUUAAUUGCAUUGGGUCUACUCUGAGUGGGAUUUAGUUGGCUACAACCCCUUCAUCUCGGCAUCAAAUAAGUGCAGGAUUAUGGAGCAUGUACAAUUCCCUUCCCUCAAGUCUGCAAUUCUAAAAGUUGUUUGACUACAUCAGUAAAAGAAGGAGCAGACAAGAAAUUCUUGUUUUAUAUACAGUGGUACCUCGGUUUUCGAAUGUAAUCCGUUUUUCAAAAACGUAAGAAUUUACUUCCGGGUUUUCAGCGUUCGAAAACCAAAACGUUAGGCUUCUGUGACGCUCGAAAACCGAGGUACCACUGUAUAUAAUUUUUUAUUAAAUUUUCUGUUUUACAAUUUAGAAUACUCAUUUAAACAACCUUAAAAUAUCAAUGAGUUCCCUUUUUUUCUUUCCAUGGUUCAUUUUGCAUAACAUAAAUCCCUGCAUAUUUUACAUAAACUAAAUCAUUCAGUAUUCCAUUAUUGCAUCCAUCAAAACUUACAUUGUUGAAUUUAUCUUACUGCUGCCAAUGUUUUCAAUGGUUAUUCUGUGAACCACCCAGAGACCCCUGGGUAUAGGGCGGUAUAUAAAUUCAAUAAAUAAAUAAACUAAAAUCCCCCUCCCGUAUAGUCAAUAAACAUUUUCCAAUCUUCUUUAAACGUAUGUUCUUCUUGUUCUCUUAUUCUAUAUGUUAGGUCCACAAACUGCACAUAUUCCAUCAGUUUAAGUUGCCAUUCUUUUUUGGUUGGGCCUCGCUCGUUUUCCAUUUUUGGGUUAUCAAAACACGGGCCUCAGUAGUAGUGUAUAUAUAUAACCUUUUUUGACACCUGGGAAUUUCAGUCUGAAUUAUCCCCAAUAAAAAGGACUCUGUUGGGUUUUUUUUAGGAAAGUACCUUUAAACAUUUUUUUCAAUUCAUUAUAAAUUAUUUCCCAAUAAUUUGCCCUUUUGCAGGUCUACCACAUAUGAAAGAACCUCACUGCAUCUCCAGCACUUAUCUGAUUCAGUCUUAUACAUCUUAGCAAGCCUACUUGGAGUUAAAUACCAUCUACAAAGCAUUUUCAAGUAGUUCUCCUUCAAGGAAUAACAUGCUGUAAACUUCAGAUUGCUCUUCCAAAGUUUUCCCCAGAGAUUAAAAUCUAUAGUAUGUCCUAUAUCUAUUGCCAAUGUGUCAUAGAGGCUUUGACAAGCUCGUCUUUUGUUUCCCAGUCUAAUAUUGUACAUUUUGGAUAUUGGGACGUGGGUGGUGCUGUAGGUUAAACCACAGAGCCUAGGACUUGCCGAUCAGAAGGUCGGCGGUUCGAAUCCCCACGACGGGGUGAGCUCCCGUUGCUCGGUCCCUGCUCCUGCCAACCUAGCAGUUUGGAAGCACAUCAAAGUGCAAGUAGAUCAAUAGGUACCACUCCGGCGGGAAGGUAAACGGCGUUUCCGUGCGCUGCUCUAGUUUGCCAGAAGUGGCUUAGUCAUGCUGGCCACAUGACCCAGAAGCUGUACCUUUACCUUUACAUUUUAGAUAAAAAAGUUUUUCUUUAUUUUGUAUAAGAUCUUUUUCAAAUUGUGAGCUUUGGUCCGAGAAACCAUUCUUGCUCACGGGGUUUACCUUCGCCAUAGGAAACCUGCAAGGACACUCGGCUGCUGGCUGCUACUGCUGUGAGCAUGCUGGUCAACACAGCGCCAGAGCCCCAGACAGGAGCCAUGGCCGUCCUGGGUCUCUAUCAACUUCUGGACCUCAGUGGUUGCUCCGUUGUGAAGAGACAAGAUGCUAAAGCAGCUGGCCACCAAGGUGCGUUCAGACGUCGCUUUCCUUGCUGCACAGAUCGCUCUGUGUUUCGACUUGUGUGCCUAUGAGCUUGUCUCGAUCUGUUUGACUGCAAAUGAAUCUCCCAAGUGUCCUGUGUCUGCAAAUAAAAUGUGUUUAGCGCUCAUUUCUGCAUUUGCUUCCAGAAAAGAAGAAAUGUUUGCAAUGAAUGCAGAAAGGAGAAGUAAACGUGCGUCAUAUUCCACUAAGUGUCAGGGACCGGGAAGAGGAGGAGGAAUGGUGGAGACCGCCUCCUCAUCCUGACCCUUCCUGGGAGGGGGAAGAGGACGACGGUACAGUGGUACCUCGGGUUACAGAUGCUUCAGGUUACAGAUGCUUCAGGUUACAGAAUCCACUAACCCAGAAAUAGUAUCUCGGGUUAAGAACUUUGCAUCAGGAUGAGAACAGAAAUUGUGCAGCGGGAGGCCCCAUUAGCUAAAGUGGUACCUCAGGUUAAGAACAGUUUCAGGUUAAGAACGGACCUCCAGAACGAAUUAAGUUCUUAACCCGAGGUACCACUGUAUAGAUCUACAACAGGGGUUCGAGGGAGGUCACAGCUCAGAGGCAGAUGAGGGGAAAAGCUGGGAAAUCAUGGGAGAGUCAGAACAACACCACGUCACUAGAAAGCAUUCCAGACUCUUCAUCUCCCAGAACCCGGCGAGCCUUAAAAGUAGGAGAGCAAAGAGCUCAAAGGCAGAGGGCUCAUAGCAGCACCUGUAGAGGAGAUGAAUGAGGAAGUGGGAGAGACGGGGGUGGAGAUUCACUCAGGACAAUUCCAUUAUCCAAGAGGUUGGGUUCUAUAUCCUCUCUCUGUAAUAUUGAAAUAUAAAAGGAUGGUAAGAAACUUUCCCUUGUCUUAAUACUGGGCAACCAGCCGGGAGCUGCUGACAGCAUCCUGACACUCUGUUUCCGGAAGUGCCUUUCACAUUGGUUAGUUAGGGGGAUGUCAGGGGAACAGAACAGCCUGCCUUAUGAAUGUAGCUUUGGUCAAAUCACCUUGUUAAUGGCACAGGAACCCAGUACAGAUAAUGCUGGGGAGAGAGACUUUGUGCUGGACACCAGGCAAUGGCUUUUUCCACCUUCCUUGCCCCAGCCCUAGAAGCCUUUGCCAGACCAUGACUCUAGAAACAGCAGAAGCAGCUGGGAAAAGAGGAGUUAAGGGAUAUUUUGUGUGUGUGUGUGUGUGUGUGUGUAUACCGUAUUUUUCACUCUAUAAGACACACCAGACCACAAGACGCAACUAGUUUUUGGAAGAGGAAAACAAGAAAAAAAAUAUUCUGAAUCUCAGAAGCCAGAACAGCAAGAGGGAUCGCUCCACAGUGAAAGCAGCAAUCCCUCUUGCUGUUCUGGCUUUUGUGACAGCUGUGCAGCCUGCAUUCGCUCCAUAAGAUGCACACACAUUUCCCCUUACUUUUUAGGAGGAAAAAAGUGAGUCAUAGAGCAAGAAAUAUGGUGGGUGGGUGAGUGUAUGUGUAUAUAUAUAUAUGUAUAUAUAUAUAUGUAUAUAUACACACAUACACACACACAUAUAUAUAUAUACACAUAUAUAUACAUAUAAAAUUUUGCUUCUCAGCUUGUAUUGUGUUAUUUCAUGUGCUACAACUUGCUGUUACUUUUAUUGAUUAUAGUUUAGAAAGUAGCGUAAUUGUUAAGAGUGCGUUUCUGUUUAAUUUGCUGAUAUUUGAUUUUAUUGUGUACUAUUAUAUUCUGGUGGAUUAUUGAAGAUUACUUUAUUUGGUAUAAGUCGUUUAUUUUAAAGUUAUGCUUUUUAUUACAACGUUUUUGUCGUGGGUCAGAUCGUUCUGAGGUGCGUGACCUUUCUCGGUUCCUUCAGCUUGUGAAACGCCUUGUGUAUACAGAAGGGCGGUGUGCAAAUUAAAAGUGAAACGAGCUCUGUGAAUCUGAGCCGACGUGAGGACAGAUUCCUUUGACUGACUGGAGAAAUUUCUUUCUGUGACCAGGAGAAUGCUGGUUUGGCACGCUCCGUGUGCCCCGACCUCCUUGGAGCCCGGAUGGACUGGAGAGGGUGGUACUCACCCGGGGCUUGUUAGCCUGUUGCAAGAAGGAGAUCCUGAGCUGCCGACUGGAUGAUACCACGCAAGAGGUAGGCUUGAGGAAAGAACUUCUGCUCUUCCAUAAACCCAGAGGCAAAAUUUGGUAAGCGUCAGGUGUUCAGGGCAAGGGUGGUCCGUCUUGGAAGAGUUAAGGCCAGCAACCUGUACAGUGGCAAGGAAGAGUCUAGGGCAGGGAGGCCAGCGUUUGAAUCCCCACUCAGCCAUGAAGCUCACAGAGUUGUGGAUUAGUCACUGCCUCUUUCUUCUUUUAUAUACAGUCAUACCUCUUGUUAUGUUAGGUUCAGGUUACGUCUUUUCAGGUUGCGUCCCAUGGUGACCCGGAAGUACCGGAAAGGGUUCACUUCCAGGUUUUGCCACUCCUGCGCAUGCGCAGACAGCUCAAAAUGAUGUCAUGCGCAGAAGCAGCUGAGUCAUGUGGCCGCAUGACGUGGAGUUGCAUUCUGCUCCAUGCUGCGAAGCGAGGGCUCCCAAAGCGGAUCCUGUUCGCAAUGGUCAGAGGUCCUACCUACUCUGUAUAAUAAUUUUUAUUAAUUUUAAAUUACCAUCCAAUAAUAGCCUCAUUAUAACAAUACCAAAUUAUAAUAAAAUUACUACCACCAAUCAUUCAAAUACCGAAUUGUAUAAUUUAGGUGGCCUCCUGCGUGCUAGAAUUGAUGGUUUGAUUUUUUCCCCUUUUAUUUCUGCGUUCCAAAAUCUUACUAAUUUCAAUUACCGUAUUUUUUGCUCUAUACGACUCACUUUUUCCCUCCUAAAAAGUAAGGGGAAAUGUGUGUGUGUCUUAUGGAACGAAUGCAGGCUGCGCAGCUAUCCAGAAGCCAGAACAGCAAGAGGGAUUGCUGCUUUCACUGCGCAGCGAUCUCUCUUGCUGUUCUGGCUUCUGGGAUUCAGAAUAUUCUUUUUCUUGUUUUCCUCCUCCAAAAACUAGGUGCGUCUUAUGGUCUGGUGCGUCUUAUAGAGCGAAAAAUACGGUACGUUCCGUGUAAAAUAAUGAUCCCUUAUACAACAACUGGAAUGUUAAUAACUUCUAUUUGUGUUGACACAUUAAAUGAUUUCUAAAACUGCAAGUGAGGCACUCAAACUAUAUCCUUGUUCUUCCUGUGUGUGGCAGUUAUUCUGUCCAUGAUGUUUCUUUCUGUCCUUGUAAAAUAUUAUGUCUAUCUUUUCCCAGUUGUUUCUGCUCUCCUUCAUGCCUUGGGCGGAGCUGAUAUCCCAUUGCUGUUUCAGAAAUUUCUCCAUCGCUCCGUCCCGUGCUUCGUUGUUUUGCAACUUUAACAACAGCUGCAAAAAUCACUCUGUCCAUAAAGAACCUGUUUUCACCAUUAUCCCUCUCUUUUUUAAAAAAUAAUAAUAUUUAUUAAUAAUUUCAAAAUUGCAGAAAAGAAAGAAAAAAAAUUAAAAACAACACUACAAUACAUAGAAAAAAAGAAAGGGAAAAAAAACAAGACAUAAAAACCAAUGCAACAAUACAGCAAAAAGAUAAAAAAGAAAGAAAAAAAGACACAAAUCCCAUAUUACAUAUCUUUAACUUCCAUUUGCUUGUUUCAUUGACCUCCUCACACCUCCCUUUUUGUAUUCUAGUUUAAUUGAUUAUUUCAGCAAAUUCUUUCCAUCUUUCUCAAUUUUUACUAAAUAAUUUAUCUUAACAAUUUACCUAUUAAUUAACAAAUCCUUUCCAUCCUUUCCCCAUAUUCUGUUAUUCAAAUUACCUUAAGUUAUUUAACCUUAUCUUACCAAAAAAUACUUUAGAGCUUAACACUUAAUACUCGAUUUUACAUAACUCCUGAUAUCUUUUCUACUAGAGUCAUAUAGUUUCAUUCCAACAUUUUCCCUAAUGUUCAUUAAUUUUAGGCUAAUUCCCUAGAAAAAAAAUUUUUUUCUUUAUAAAUUUUCUUCCAAUCUUCAUCCAACGUCUCUUCUUCCUGGUCUCGGGUCGUGUCAGUCCUUACUGUCCAUUCCAUCUAGUCCAUCAACCUGGUAAUCUAAUGUCCGAGGCCCUUAAGUCUCUUCCAUGUCCCUUCUGCAGAUCUUCUUCUUGUUGUUUAUACUUGCACUUUUCCUUGUCUUUUGUUGGUCUCUUUCUUAGUUUCUUUCCUUUCUCGUUGGGGAGUGGGACUCUGGGGAUUCCAACCCAAAAUUAUCUUCGUCUCCCUUCAUCCAACCAGCCCAUUCCCCAGAGUCCCACUCCCCACAGUCAUCAAUGUAGUCCAAAAAAUAUUUAAAAACAUAUUUCGAGGUCUCUCCAAAGUUAAGAAUCUCCUCAGCUCCAGACUCCCCCUGGCCGACUCCAACUUCAAUCUUCAAAGACAGCGGCUUAUGCUCCUGUAGGGCCUCGGGUCUCUCCAUUUGUAUUAUUUGAGGUGCAACCGCAACCUCCUCCAUUAUCUUCUGCACUUGCCCAAUCAGUACAGGUUCCUGAGUUGGUCCCUGAAUAGUUUCUGUAUCAAUAUUCCCUGUUUGUCCACAGUUAUUAGCCACAACAGUCAUCAAAUCCAUUUUCUCAUUCAUCAAAUCCAUCUUCUCAUGCAUCUGUUCCAGCAAGGCACUUGUCUUGCAUAAAGCAAGCACCAAAACUUCCUCCCAGCUCAUAUUUAGUCAAGGUCAAAAAGGCCUGGUCCCACGAUCUUAAUCUGACAGCUGUAGAGUCCUCAAGUAGACUGCAGCAACAAUUUAGCAAGCUCCCUCUAGAGGAGACAAUUUCUAUUUGUAUCCAUUUUUUUAAGGCAAGUCCAACAAAGGAAAAUUACUUUCGUUUUUCAGAUAUUUUGUUUCUUUAGAAUGCAGAAGGCAACAUUGGAAUCAAUUUAUUUCUCUUCUUUAGCUAUCUGUCAAAGUAUUCCAUUCACAGUUAAUGAACCUCUCCAAGAAUUUCUGUCUCUGACACCCUGUUCCCAGGUUAGAGACGGUGGAAACUUAUCUUUCUUCACUCCCUCUCCUGCAGGCGUUAAACAAAGCCCCCCCCCCUUUUUCUCCUGCUUCCAAGGGGGUUUCAGUAAUUAUAAAUGAAGGAAAUUUAAACUUUUUUAACGACUUUCCAGGCUUUAGCUUACAGGGUUUUUGCUUCAGUCUAUGUACAAAAAGCGGAAGGCGGACUUCCUGUUUUGAACCUUCCCGCUUCGGUGCCAAAUUAAAAUAUUUCUUGAUCCAAUUUUCCGUUUCUACUCACGGGUACUUGUUUUAAAUCCAAUUGUCCACAGGAAAAAGUCAGCGCUCUCCGGCAAUGGCUGUGCGGCUUCACUCCGUGAAAGUAGCAGUCAGUUCGCAGCACCGCGCCGCUCACCCCACUUUACUUCGGAGCCCCAAAAUGGGGUUCCCGGUGCGUGGGGGGGCGCUCCUGGUGCCCUGCUGAACCCCACGUUCCCAGGCUUCCUCCGCCUGGGAUUUCUAAUGGGUUCCCACCUUUGCCGCGGCGGGAAGACCCAGUUUCCAUGGAGCCUGUUCCUCCGGUCGGAGGAACUCCGCCAUUCGCCAAUGGCGCUGACCCGGAAGUCACCCACCAUUAUCCCUCUCAGCCUGGGAAGAAGAGUGCUCUGUCACUGCCUCUUAGCCUAGCCUACCUCUCAAGGUUGUUGUGAGGAUCAAAUACCAGAGAGGGAGAACUGUGUGGAUGCCACUUUGCAGCAACGGUGUGGGGUGUAAAUGUAACAAUACAGUGGUACCUCAGGUUACAUACGCUUCAGGUUACAUACGCUUCAGGUUACAGACGCUGCUAACCCAGAAAUAGUGCUUCAGGUUAAGAACUUUGCUUCAGGAUGAGAACAGAAAUCGUGCUCCGGCAGCGCGGCAGCAGCAGGAGGCCCCAUUAGCUAAAAUGGUGCUUCAGAUUAAGAACAGUUUCAGGUUAAGAACGGACCUCUGGAAAAAAUUAAGUACUUAACCUGAGGUACCACUGUAAUUAAUAUUUUUUUAAAAAACAAGUGUCUUAUUCUUAAAACGCCCUGUGUUUUUUCUCAUUUUGAGGCUUUUUUCUGCUUCCUUCCAUGAGAGACAUGCAUGAUUUUUGUUGGCUUUUCUUCAUACUGGGCCUAAAAAUAUAUACAGUGUGUCAGGGAACUGCCAUCGGAAGGAAGGGAGGUGAAAGGGCUCACACAGGUUGGGAGAGACUCAGCAGCUGAAGAGGGAACCAGUAGGGGGAGAGGAGCUGAGCUGAGGGAAAGUGAGCUGGAGGGAUGGCUCAGAGACACUUCCAGCGAAAACAGUGGGAAGGUUUCAGGACCUCCUGUAGGAACACCCACUCCUCGCCGGAAACUGUCACGCAGAGAGUCCAGAAGACGUGUUUCCGUUAAGGAGCUUUUAUGUUGGAAGCGAUUCCGAAAGCAACCACUGUCGGAAUCUGCUAGUGACUAGAGGAGCCAUGUCUGAGGGGCUCCGUCACAGACAGAGGUUUGUGGACUUGAACAAACUCUGAGGGGAUACUAUUUUACGCACAAGCAGCUCAUCAUCCCAUCACAGCAUUCCGACAGUCUUUGAAAGCAGCUUGUGCAGGAGAAGGCAUCAUGAGCAACCCAGCCGGAACCGGAGAAGCAGGAGCUGGAGCGGGUCCAAGCCUGGAAGAAAGGUACCGGGUGUUGGAGGUCCAGCUAGCGCUGCAGACGGCGAGGCUUGGAGGAGAGGAGGGCUCAGGAUGCAGACAAAAGGGGAAAGCCACCCAGCUCGCCAGAAAGGUACCAGGAUUGGUGCAGAAGUUUGGGGGGGAGCCCAAAGACUAUCAUGGCUUUCGGACAGAGAUGCAAUAUGCCCUCAAUCUGCAGUUUGAUGAAUUCCUGACGAGGAAUCACGAGUGGCUUUCGUGAUUGGGCAUCUUGAAAAGGGGGCGAGAGACUGGGUUAGACCCCUGAUGGCAGCGAAUAGUGACGUCCUAAAGGACACGAUGAAGUUCUUUCGCGCCAUGGAUCUGAUGUUUUCCAGCGAUAUUGAACAGGGAGUGGUGCGCAGACAGUUAAUGGCUUGCAAACAGGGGAGCCGAUCUGUCCGUGAGUACUGGACUGAGUUCACCAUGCUGGUUCACAGAUUGGGGUGGGACUUAUCGGCGGAACCCAUUCAAAUGCUCUUUGAAGAAGGGCUUUCUUCGGCUGUGAAAGACGAACUUUCCCGGGCGCCCAGGGCGGAGUCUAUGGACCAGCUGACCAAAUCAGCGCUGACCAUAGGAGCGCGCCAGGAGGCGAGAGCAUUGGAGAGGCGGGAAGGGAAGGGGGAACGUUGGAAGGAGUUCCGCAUUCCAGACAUUCCAGAGCCAACUUUCCCGCCGGCAGAGCCGAUGGAAAUCGGAACAGCAGCGCGCGCGCAGUUUCAAAGCCCAGUGAGGGGGAAAGAAGGAGGGAAAACGCGCCCGGAAAUGCUAUCUCUGCCAACAGCCAGGUCACUUUGCCAGAGUCUGCCCCCAGAGGAAGGAAUGGCAAGGGAUGGUAGGAGCUGUGGAGGGAAGAGAGGAAGAAAUACCGGAGCAAGUAAAAGCCAACGCCUGGCUGCCACCGUCGGGGCACAGCAGCCAGGCCAAAGAGCAGUGAGAGUGCCCACGCCAGAACCUCCUAAACCCGCCCUAGUGAUAGAAGUGGCGCUAGAGCUGCCAAACGGACACCCUCUAAAGAUAAAGGCGCUGUUGGACUCAGGCAGCUCCUGCAAUUUCAUGAGCAAAGAGUUUGCAGCUGAACACCAGAUACAGACGAUCCUUUAAGCAACCCCUGCAGGUGACCACGAUCGAUGGCAGGGAGCUGUUGGGAGGAGAAGUCAGCUUGCAGACCGUCCCAAUGAUAAUGAAGGUGGCAAGGCACACCGAACUGAUAGCGUUUAAUGUGGCCACCUUGGGAGGAGCUCCCAUUAUAUUGGGGAUGAGCUGGCUAGCGUUACAUGAUCCGCUGGUGGGCUGGCAUCAGAGAGUGGUUUCUUUUGGUUCAGCACAUUGCUUAGAACACUGCAAAGAGGGAAAGGGUUUGGCAGGGGCCCAAGCCACCCUAGCAGGGACUGAAGUAACGGAGAACGUGAAGGUACCACGACAAUACGCAGAUCUCCGCGACGUCUUCAGCGAAAGGGAAGCUGACCAACUACCCCCGCAUAGACCCUUUGACUGUCAAAUCAAUUUACUCCCUGGGGCACAGCUCCCUGUAGGCAAGCUGUACGCCAUGUCAGACAGAGAGAUGCAGGAGCUAAGAGAGUUCAUUGACAAGAACCUGAAGAGAGGGUUCAUCAGAGAGUCCAGGGCGGUGGGGGCAGCCCAGUGUUUUUGUGGAUAAAAACACGAACAAGCCGAGGCUGGUGUGUGACUUCAGGGCCUUAAAUGCAGUGUCAGAACCAGUGGCCUUCCCUAUGCCCAGGAUUGACGACAUUUUGACAAGGGUGCGGAAGGGAAAGAUUUUCACAAAGCUGGACCUAAGGGGGGCGUACAACCUGAUACGAAUAAGGAAGGGGGAUGAAUGGAAAACCACCAUGUUCACCCCUUUAGGGGCAUUUGAAUAUUUGGUUAUGCCCUUCGGCCUACAAGCAGGCUCCGCAUGCUUUCAAUCGUUUAUGAACCACGUCCUGGGGCCUUUGCUUUACAAGAAUUGUGUGGCCUUUUAGACGACGUGUUGGUGUAUUCUGAGAAUGAGGAGCAGCAUGUGAGAGACGUCAGAGAAGUGUUGAGCAGGCUGCAAGCCAACCAGCUGUGGGUGAAACUGGAGAAGUGUCAGUUUCAUACCAAGGAGGUGGAAUUCCUGGGGUAUCGCCUGUCAGACAAGGGAUUGGCCAUGGAUCCCGGCAAGGUCCAGGCGGUGCUGGAAUGGAAAACACCCAAAACAAGGAAGGAUGUGCAGAGGUUCCUAGGAUUUGGGAACUUCUAUCGUAAGUUCAUCCGAAACUUUGCCCACCUGACGGCGCCCAUUACGGACUGUCUCAGCAGUAAGAAGAAGUUCGUUUGGACUGAGGAGGCGGAGCGAGCAUUUGAGGAACUAAAAAGGGCCUUCGCCUCGGAACAACAACUCCUGCAUGUGGAUUUACAAAAACCGAUGAGAGUGGAAACUGACGCAUCAGACAGAGCGAUUGGGGCGGUGCUUCUGCAGCCAGGGAAGGAGGAGUCAGAGUGGAGACCGUGUGCUUUUUUUCGCGAAAGCUGAACAAAUCCGAGAGGAACUACACGGUGUAUGACCGAGAACUACUAGCCAUUCAUGAGGCGUUCCGGAGAUGGAGGCACCUGCUAAUUGGCGCACAACAUAAGGUGCAAGUGUGCACUGACCACAAGAACCUAGAGUAUUGGAGGACGGCACGAGUGCUCAACCAACGGCAAGUGAGAUGGGCCCAGGAGUUCUCCAAAUUUAACUUUGAGAUUGGUUACGUGCCAGGCCCAGAGAACAUUAGGGCGGACGCUCUCUCACGCAAACCUGAAUAUUUGGAGGGGAGGGAGCACCCGAAGAGAGACAUGUCAUUCCAGAGGACCGCUGGGUGUGUGGGGCGGCAUUGGUGGGACAAAGAGAACUGGUAGAGGAAACAGAGAAUGAUGAAUACGCCCAGAAUAAGCUCAGAGGUCUUAGGGGUGAGGGAGAGGAACCAGGGGGUUUCGAGGAAAGAAAUGGAGCUUUGUAUUACAAAGGGGCACUGUAUAUCCCUGAAGGAGACUUAACGGGGAGGGUACUCAAGCAGUUGCACGACAGCCCUACGGCGGAGCAUUUUGGACAACACAAAACCAUGUGGUUGGUCACCAGGGAAUUUUGGUGGCCUAAGGUGAGGGAAGAUGUACGUGAGUAUGUAAGAGGGUGCGAGCAAUGCCAGCGAGCCAAAGGGGAAAGGCGGGCGCCGGCGGGGCUAUUAGAACCCUUACCAACCCCAGAACGACCUUGGGAGGCAGUGUCGAUAGAUUUUAUGACUGAUCUGCCGAAGUCCAAAGGGAAAACAGCCAUCAUGGUGGUGGUAGACCUACUAACAAAGAUGUGCCACUUUGUAGCUUGCUCGCAUGCAGUCACGGCGGAAGAGACAGCGAAGUUAUUUGUAGAACACAUUUUUAGGUUGCACGGGGUGCCAUUGAGGGUGGUCUCAGACCGAGGAAAACAAUUUACUUCCAGGUUCUGGAGGAAGCUCAUGAGCUUACUGCAGGUGGAGGUCAAUUUUUCGACUGCCCGGCACCCUGAAACCAACGGGCAGGCGGAAAGAGCAAACGGUGUCCUCCAGCAAUACCUGAGGUGUUAUGUCAAUGACAGAGAGAAUGACUGGGUAGAAAAGUUGGCGCUGGCGGAAUUUGCCUACAACAAUGCCGAGAAUGUGUCCACAGGGAUGAGCCCCUUCUUGGCUAAUUAUGGGUGUCAUCCCAGGGCUUUCCCAGGGGGAGAUGGGGAGAGAUGGAGCGUCCCGGCAGCCGAGCAUUUUGUGGAAGAAAUGGAAGCAAUCCAUCGUCAGCUCCAACUCAACUUAGAAAGGGCGAAGGAAGAAUACAAGAGGCAGGCAGACAAGAACCGAAGGGAAGGUGAAACCAUAAGGGUGGGAGAUAGGGUGUGGCUGUCAACCCAAGGGUUGCCGUUCAAAGGAGGUUGUAAGAAAUUAAGACCCAGGAGGUUGGGUCCCUUUGAGGUCAUUCAACAGGUCAACCCAGUGGCUUUCAGGCUCCGGUUACCCAACCACAUGAAACUGCACCCAGUAUUUCACAGGUCGUUACUGUCACCGUACGAAGGGGGACGAGAAGGGAUGGCCACUCGGGACCGGUCAUAGAAGAAAGAGAAUGCAGCAGCCAUGUGGCAGAAAUCCUCGACGCCAGGUGGAAGGGGGAUCAGGUGGAGUAUUUGGUAGCGUGGGAAGGAGAACCGGAGUCAGAAAACACUUGGGUAAUGGCCGAAGAUAUCAAUGACGAGGUAUUGAUAGAAACGUUCCAUCAAAGGUUCCCAAGGAAACCUCAGCCUGUGGAGAGGUUCCGGAGGGAAUACUUUGGGACCACUGAUGAGGAGGAGGAGUUGGAAGGAUUCCCGGACUCGGAAGGGGAAGGGGAGAUGGACUCUGAGGAGGAGGAGUACUUCGAGACCAGGAACCGCAACAGGUGGAGAGAAGUGUUCGAGACAUCGGAAGAUGAAGGAAGUUCAUUCCGGGUUUUGCCUCCUCACCGCCCGUAGAGGAGGGGGCGAGAGGGGGUGAAAGGGGCCCUGGAGGGGAGGUGGAUGUCAGGGAACUGCCAUCGGAAGGAAGGGAGGUGAAAGGGCUCACACAGGUUGGGAGAGACUCAGCAGCUGAAGAGGGAACCAGUAGGGGGAGAGGAGCUGAGCUGAGGGAAAGUGAGCUGGAGGGAUGGCUCAGAGACACUUCCAGCGAAAACAGUGGGGAGGUUUCAGGACCUCCUGUAGGAACACCCACUCCUCGCCGGAAACUGUCACGCAGAGAGUCCAGAAGACGUGUUUCCGUUAAGGAGCUUUUAUGUUGGAAGCGAUUCCGAAAGCAACCACUGUCGGAAUCUGCUAGUGACUAGAGGAGCCAUGUCUGAGGGGCUCCGUCACAGACAGAGGUUUGUGGACUUGAACAAACUCUGAGGGGAUACUAUUUUACGCACAAGCAGCUCAUCAUCCCAUCACACAGUGGUACCUCAGGUUACAUAUGCUUCAGGUUACAGACUCCGCUUACCCAGAAAUAUUACCUCAGGUUAAGAACUUUGCUUCAGGAUGAGAACAGAAAUCAUGCAGCAGCGGCGCGGCAACAGCGGGAGGCCCCAUAGCUAAAGUGGUGCUUCAGGUUAAGAACAGUUUCAGGUUAAGUACGGACCUCUGGAACGAAUUAAGUACUUAACCUGAGGUACCACUGUACUGUGAUUGCUUCCCCCCCGCCCCACGCACCAUUUCCCCCCUAUAGAAUCGUAGGAGUGUAGACUUGAGAAGGGACCCAUCUCAUCCAACCGCCUGCAGUGCAGGAAGCGCAGCUAAAUCACAGCCCUAAUACCCUCUUCUGCAGGCUUGUCUGUUGCUGGAUGUCCUGUUCCCAGCUCUUUUGGUCCUGAUGGAGGAGCCGGAUUACUACUGCUUCCAAGGUAGGUGGUUUGCCCUGAAGUCCUCCAUCCAAUUCAGAUGGUCGCAGCCAAAGGAGGCCCAAUUUUCAACCAGGAAAGAAGCAUCUGAGUCUAAUAAUAAUUAUUAUUUUUAUUAUUUUUUAUUUAUUUAUACCCUGCCCAUCUGGCUGGAUUUCCCAGCCACUCUGGGCGGCUCCCAGCAGAAUAUUAAAAACACGCUAAAACAUCAAACGUUAAAAACUUCCCUAAACAGGGCUGUCUUCAGAUGUCUCCUAGAAGUCAGAUACGUAGUUGUUUAUUUCCUUGACAUCUGAUGGGAGGGCGCCACCACUGAGAAGGCCCUCUGCCUGGUUCCCUGUAACCUCACUUCUCACAGUGAGGGAACCGCCAGAAGGCCCUCAGAGCUGGACCUCAAUCUGUGGGCUGAGCGAUGGGGGUGGAGACGCUCCUUCAGGUAUACUGGGCCGAGGCCAUUGGAGAACCUGUGACCUGCCAGAGUUUUCUGGACUACAACUCACAUCCUCCACUGGCUAUGCCAACUGUGGCUGAUGGGAGCUGGAGUCGCAGCAACAUCCAGAGAGCCACAUGUUCCCCAAUUCUGCUUUUAAAGCAUUGCGUAUGCAGAACGAUGGAGUGGUAGUCAUGAGUGUGAUUAGCCUGGACCUCUGUUUGCAGUGUUUUCUCUAUGGCUUCGGCGCGUCCGAGAAAGUCUGGAGGAGAUCUGGGAAGGGAAGAGGAGCCGGGUGCUGGCAGACCAGUCUAGACUUCUCGAGAGACUGACCCAGUUCCUCUGGAACAAUGCAGAGAGCCCGGUAAUGGUACCUUUUUCAUUUCACCUGGACCUUCUUGUGUCCUGUCAAAGCUGCAUCCGCAGAGGAGGCUUAACGUUAAGAAACCCAAACGCCUAUAUUCCACAAAAACAACCUCAUGCAACAGCAAGAGCUAAGCAGACCAAAAGUCAAGGGUACCACUUAGAUCAGGGGGUAUUCAGUGAGGGGCCCUCCAGAUGUUUGACUGUAGCAGGGUGGAUUUGAUUUAAAUCAAAUAGAUUUAAAUCACUAUUUAAAUCAUGAUUUAAAUCACGAGUCAGUAAGACUUGAUUUAGAUCAUUUUUUUCCAGAAAGUCUCAUUCUUGCUGGUAUAAUUUAAUAUUUAGAACCAGAUAAAGGUUUCAUUUUUGGAAUAAUAAAUUUUCAGAGUAGUUUUUACAGUUAUAUCAAAACUACUGAUUUGGUUAUACUAUUAGAAAUACAUAGACAGAUAAUUACAAAAUUAUUGUGAGGUUUAGUAAGUUAACUGUUUAUAUUUGGACAACUUUUCUGCUGUACUUUAUUCGAAGGAGAGAAAUAAUCAUGUCCUUAAUAGAAUUUUAACAGUUAAUGUAACUAGAACAAUAACAUUACAGCAUAUGUAUCCAUGUUUGUUAACUGAUGUGGUUAAACAAUUAUUAUUUUUUAAAAAAACCUCAGACUGAGUUUUAGCACACAUGAAAAACUUAAAACAAAUCCUUAUUUCCUGAUGAAUAGCCUUUGGACUAUAAUGUAACUUAACUAGAAAACUAUAGAAAUAUUUUUCCUCCAAAAGCAUUUUAUUUUAAAAAUCCAAUUUAAAUUUUUAAAAAUCUGAUAAAAAAAACUUAUUUAAAUUUUAAAAAUCUGAUUUAAAUUUUUAAAAAUCUAAGUAAAAAAAAAUCCAAUUUUUAAUUUUUUAAAUUAAAAAAAAAUCAUUGAUUUUUAUCCACCCUGGACUGCAGCAGGGGAUAGCUCAGUCAAUAGAGCACAAGACUCUUAAUCUCAGACUGUUAGAAAGUUGUGGGUUUGUGCAGAAAGAUUCCUGCAUUGCAGGGGGUUGGACUAGAUGACCCUCGUGGUCCCUUCCAACCCUACGAUUCUAUAAUUCGUACAUAAUAAUGUUACUUUCCCACCCCUCCUCUGCCCACACUGUUCAGGUGGAAGGGGUGUCUGAUUUCAUCCACAGCUCCUUCCAGCUCCUCCUGGAGAUCUACAGCUUAGAGUGUGAUCGCUUUGAGGACCUGGAGAGACCCUCUAUGGGCACUUCCUCCAGAGAGUCAUCCUCAUGCCCUGGCAGGCCAGAGCCCGGUAUUUUCCUCUCAUUUCGGUUCUGCCCUACCUGGGUCCUGAAAAGGUAAGGGGGGGACGACGUUGGUGUGUGAGUGCGGAGCUCAGCCCAUAAUACUCUGAAAACAGAAAGGGUCAGGUAGCUGGAGAUGGAAAUUACCCUCUUUGUUAAUUUCUUAAAAACAAAACCCACCAAAACCUUUCGCUUCUUUUUACUGCUUUCGUACGUGCCAUAAUACGAACCGAUUUCACCUGUGUGUUUCUAUGCACCAGUGCUGUAACAGAUUGUACGGUCAUAUCUUGGUUUUCGAAAUGCCUUGGGAGUCUAACAUUUCGGCUCCCGAACGAUCAAAAACCAGAAGUGAUUGUUCCAGGAGCUUCCUGCAGCCAAUCAGAAGCUGCCCUUGGUUUCCAAAUGUUUUGGAAGUCGAGCGGACUUCCAGAACAGAUUCCUUUUGACUUCCGAGGUACCACUGUAUUGUUACAACUGUGUUUGCCAAACUUGGGUCCUCCAGCUCUUUUUCGACCACAACUCCCAUCACCCCUAGCUGGCAGGACCUGUGAUCAGGAACGAUGAGAAUUGUAGUUCAGAAACAGCUGGAGACCCAAGUUUGGGAAAUAUUUGAGUUACCGGUAAAUCAGUUACCACUUUCAGUGUUUACAGAUCCCAUUGACUUUAGCAGUGGGGCGUAGCUCCGUGGUAGAACACCUGCUUUGCAUGCAGAAGGCCCCAGCAUCUCCAGGUAGACCUGGGAGAGACUCCUUGCCUGAAACCCUGGAAAGCUGCUGUCGGUCAGUGCAGUCAAUACUAAGCCAGAUUGAAGGAAUGGGUUUCCCAAACCGAAAAACUGACUGUGCAGGCAGUUUGAAACUGCACCAAAAUCCCAAUUUUUCCUUAACUAAAAUGCUUUAACUCGAGCUCUUGAGCCAAAAACCCAGCUGUAUAAACAAGUGCUCAGAGCCCUCUCCUUUAUCAGUUUGUGACGGCAAAGAUGGCCUUGAUUGUACCAGUAGAACAGGGAAGAAACAUCUGUGCCUUAUCUUAUAUCCUGACCACAAAGACGCACAGACCUAGUCUGGGAACAGCGCCAGAGGCUGUUCUUAGAGAUGGUGACCUCUUGCUCCAAGAUAAGAGUAGGAACAGGAAGAUCCUUUUUAUGGUCAGAAGUACAGGAAGGAAUAUCCUUUUAUGGUCAGAAGUAUAGGAAGGAAUACCCUUUUAUGGUUAAGAGUGCCGGAGCAGGAACAUCUGUGAUGUCAACCUGCGUGUACAAGCUGACGUGGCUGGAUUCCUGGGGAAGGGGGAGAGGGUGCCUGGAGGAUAUAUAUACUGCAUGAAAUUUCUCAUUUCUUUGGACUUGCUGUGGACACACCACGCAGGUGCCUUUCUGCUGUUCUGGAGAGCAGAAAUAAAGAACUCUUUCUCUGAACCAACCCUCAGUGUCAUUUGACUUCCUUCCUCCUGUCUGGGAGCAACGCAGACCCAAUUGGUGAACUCCAAUAAGGCUACAAGAUGGACCAGGGAUCUGACAGGAUAAGGCAGCUUCUCCUGUUUCUCCUUAUUCCAGCCCUUUCUUGUGACUCAUGAGGACUAGAAUCUUACUCUCUUUUGAGGCGUUCCCAAAGUAAAGGAAGGAUUGAACUCUGAUUAAUAAGAAUACACACAGAGGCUUGAACCAGCAAGACUCUGGGAAGGGUGCGUCUAAUAAUCUCUGCCUCUACCCCUCGGCCCAGGUCAUUUUAUUCACAAAAGACCUUUUUACAGAGUGUUCAUAAGAACCAAUCCGAUUUCUUCUGAGCAUUUCAGCAGACCCCACGUGUGGACAAAGUUAAACUACCAAAACUAAUUAAGCACACAUAUUUCUGGGGUAAACAAAACAGAACUACAGAGGAGUACAUUUGGCAACCCCUGAGGUCAUGAACAAGCAAUAUACAUGAUAAGAAGGAUGGCCAGGAAGACAGUGAUCAUUAUUACCUUCAGGUGAGAUCUGUUUCCUGGCCCUAAGAUUAACAUCCUAAGAUUAACAUAUCAGAAAAUCUACAUCAAAGAAAAUGCCCACUGUCUUUGAUGACCCAGGAUGCCUGCCUGGCGAAGACUGGCAGUGUACGUGACUGGUCAAGAAAGAGAAAUGGAACAGGGAUGCGGAGGUGUGGAUUGAUCAGGAGUCAUAUCAAAAUAGUUUAAACCCAGUCAACGCAAUGCUUUCAUUGCUGACACAGAUGGCUUACUCUAUAUUUGUUAUAAUUCCUCAUAGCAAUCCCACCUGAUCACUACAUCUUUUUUUGCCAGCACUGAGCAAGGGCCCGGCUCAGUACAAGGCAACUUCCUGCGUUUCGUGCCAUUUGGUGACCUUCUCUUGUGUUUGUGUAAAGACCCCUGACAUCCUGCCGUCUCCUGAAUCUUCCCUUUCCGUUCUGCUCAGGUUCUGGAUGCAUACAAAGAUCUCCCGCAGCACCUCUUGAACUGCCUGUCGACCAACCACUUGUGCCCUGCCGCCUCCGAUUUGUACAAAACCAUCCUCCAGCUGCAGCGCAAAGUUUGGGCCGAGAGGCGGGAGCAGGUCCCAGAGGAAGAGCUGGCUCAGGAGUGGGGCCGCUGCUGGCUUGCGGUCCUCUCCAGCGCCUUGACCUCUCCCUCCCCUUCCCUCCAGAGCAACGCCUCCAACUACCUUCUGGGCUGGACCUUGCGAGUUUUCCCUGCCUCUUACUCUUUGCUGGACGAGAAUUUUAGGAGCAGGGAGCCCUCUAAGCUGCGGGCCUGGGUCGCCUUGCUGAAUGCCCAGAGGACCAUCUCAGGGGCCUUCCCCUCCGAUGUGGAGACCCUGGAAAGGCUCCCCUUCUGCCUCUUCUCCAAAGAGGAGAACGUCCGCUUGGCGGCGCUGAACCUCCUCUGCUCCGCCCCCAGGACCAACCAGGCUUUGUCCGAGAUGGAGGCCCGGCUCCUGAAGGAAGCUUUGCCGCUGAGCUUGAACUGCGAUUCCUCGUCUUUCCGGCAGCUCCUCCAAACCAUGGUUAAGAAGGCCCUGGUCAGGCUGAGGGACAGCUCUCUUGCCCUGCUACGGAAGCAGGAAUCGGACAAGAAGGAACGCAGUGGCGGGAAGGAUCCGGAAACAACUAUGGGGCAAGCCGUGGGUGAGUUGACCCAUUCUCCACACAACUAUUGUGAGAACAGGAUGCCAGACCAAAUGGGCCCCCUGCUCAUCUCACGUUUUUAAAUACAGUGGUACCUCGGGUUACAUACGCUUCAGGUUACAUAUGCUUCAGGUUACAGACUCCGCUAACCCAGAAAUAGUGCUUCAGGUUAAGAACUUUGCUUCAGGAUGAGAACAGAAAUCGGGCUCCAGCGGCACGGUGGCAGCAGGAGGCCCCAUUAGCUAAAGUGGUGCUUCAGGUUAAGAACAGUUUCAGAUUAAGAACAGACCUCCGGAACGAAUUAAGUACUUAACCCGAGGUACCACUGUACAGGCAACUCCCAACUCGCAUGUGGUUGGUGCCACGAAAUCAGUAAACAAUUCAGUUCCAUCCCAGAAGUGGCGGGAUAAAGCUGGAAAGUCCCUGUAGCAUGUGAGGAGACCCUCCCUAGAGCCCAAAGAGUCCAGUAAUAAAGGCUUAAAUGGCUUUUAAAAAAACCACUAACACCCUAUGGGCUCCAAAAUGGCACAUGGGAGCUCUCGCUGCUGCUGCUGCUGCGCUACUCCGCUCCACAGCUGUUGGGCAGGAGGCUGGAUUGCAGCUGGCUUGAAUGCACUGUUUGUUGCUCUUUCUGGCAAUCUGGAGGCAAAGGUACCGUAGAAAAGAAAAAAGAGUAUGGAGCAUGUUACAAAGGUGGUCUUUGGCUAAGGGGCCGGGCAAUUUCUAAAGCAGGCAUAGGCAAACCCGGCCUUCCAGAUGUUUGGGGACUAUAACUCCCAUCAUCCCUGACCACUGGUCCUGUUAGCUAGGGAUGAUGGGAGUUGUAGCUCAAAACAUCUGGAGGACCAAGUUUGCCUAUGCCUGUUCUAAAGUUUUAUAAAGUUCUUGGAACGCCUUUGUUCUGAAUCCUCACCUCCUUGCGAAGUGGGGGAUAACUCUGUUGAAACAGGAAAAUAAAGCUCUUCCUUGCUUGCCUUCUACUGGUUCCUGCUUCUAUCCAUUCUUCUCUGACUGAUCAUGGACUUAGGGGACGCAAGUGUCUCUUGGGGAGUUGGGCUGCAAAAGCAAACCCCAAUUUUUUCUACAACAAGAGCAGGUUAAAAAGCAGGCGUUUAGAGGGUGCUCCUCACUUGAAGCUCAUUUCGCUCAUGUGGAGGGUGGGGCUGGAAUGUAACCCCCAUGUAAGUGAGGAGUUGUCUGUAAAAUAAUUGCCACCCUCUUUUCUUUUCUUUUCUUUUCUUUUUUUGCACUUAAUUUAUUUAUUAUUAAUGUUGCAAUACAUAUAUGAAAUAUUUACAUGUUGAUACAUAUACAUUAUAUUCAUAAAUUCACAUUUUCACAUUUCAUUAUGUACCCACAUUUAUCCAUUUCUUAUUUCUUGCCCUGUGUCUUCCCUCCACCCAUGCGUAACUUCCUUGUUAUUAUUUUGUAACUUUAUUAUUGAGAUUGUAAUUUUAUAUCUUAAUAAUUAAACAUUCAAUCUUAUAUAUCUGCUUAGCUUAGCUUAGCUUAGUGAAAUCAGUCUAUACAUAUCAAUAAAUUCUUGUUGGAGCAUCUUUUGGUCAUGUAUUCUUCUACACGUUUCCAUUCCUGUUUGGGAUUUUGAUUAGAUUGCAUUCUAAUUGUUGCCGUCGUUUUUGCUAAUUCAAUCAUUUCAAAAAUUUUAUUUUGCCAAUCUUUCAAUGUUGGUACAGUGGUACCUCGGGUUAAGUACUUAAUUCAUUCCAGAGGUCCGUUCUUAACCUGAAACUGUUCUUAAUCUGAAGCACCACUUUAGCUAAUGGGGCCUCCUGCUGCCGCCGCGCCGGAGAACGAUUUCUGUUCUCUACCUGAAGCAAAGUUCUUAACCUGAAGCACUAUUUCUGGGUUAGCGGAAUGUGUAACCUGAAGUGUAUGUAACCUGAAGCGUAUGUAACCCGAGGUACCACUGUACUUCUUCUGAUUUCCCCCUCAUUAAAAAUCUAUUUCCCACCAUAGAUUUCGUUGAGUGGCUGCUGCAGCUGUGCAUCUCCUCCUUGACGUCGGGCUCCAACUUCCAGAGGAGGAAAACCGCCCUUCUUCUCCUGGCGGCCAUCAUGGAGACCUGCACAGACACCUGGAGCCCAGAGAGAAAGAAGGGGCAGCCUCCUCGUAUGUUGAUGGGGAGCCUAUGGGCUUGUGGACGUUUCUUGGUCUCCAGUUCCUAUCAGACCCAACCAGCAGGGCCAAAUGGUCUGGGAUGAUGUGAGCUGGAGUCCAAUAGCAUUUGGAGGACCUCAGGUUCUUCCUCUCUAUUUUAUGCUCUCCUACCUGUCCUGGCAGGGACGCAGGUGGUGCUGUGGGUUAAACCACAGAGCCUAGGACUUGCCGAUCAGAAGGUAGGCGGUUCGAAUCCCCAUGACGGGGUGAGCUCCCGUUGCUCGGUCCCUGCUCCUGCCCACCUAGCAGUUCGAAAGCAUGUCAAAGUGCAAGUAGAUAAAUAGGUGCCGCUCUGGUGGGAAGGUAAACGGUGUUUCGGUGCGCUGCUCUGGUUCGCCCUGCCCUGCCCUGUUCUGGCAUUCCAUGUGGCAGGGCACUAAUGCCUGGCGGAAGUUUCAGGACCACGGAGAGCUCCAAGCGAGCCGGAAACCAAACCGAGCCAUUUCAAUCAUUUGUUCCCACUCCUCUGCCCCCUUUCUGGGAAACGUAGUUUCUUAAAGGUUUCUUUAGCGUGGUUAUCUAAUUUGAUUUCAUAAAAAAUUAUUCCGUGCAGAUAAAGAAAAAGUACUUCCUCAUGCAGUACAGUUAAAACUGUGGCAUCUCCUCCCAAAGGAGUCAGUGGUGGCCGCAAACUUGGAUGCCUUGAAAAAAAGAAUUGGGCAAAUUCCUGGGAUAGCUCAGUCGGUAGGACAUGAGACUCCAAAUCUGAGGAUUGUGGGUUGGAGCCUCACAUUUGGCAAAAGAUUCCUGCAUUUCAGGGGGCUGGACUAGAUGACCCUUGUGGUCCCUUUCCAACUAUGAUUCUAUGAUAAUUUGUGGAGGAGAAGGCUAUCAGUGAUCAUGAUGGCUGUGUUUUACCUCCACUACCAGAGGCAGUAAUGCUUUUGAACCCCAAGAAAGCAACCCCAAACAGUCUAGUCUUCCACCAGUUCUUUAGAGCAUGCAUUUGGGGGAAAUACUUUGUUCCUGUUAUAGUCCUUGAGGUUUCUCCUUGCUUUCUACCCCCACCCCCUGUACUGUGCAGGCAGUAUGGCUGCGCUACUGAGCUGGGCAAGAAGCAAGGGCCGCUGGGACUUUUUCUCGAGAAGCAAUACAUUGGCACUGCUGAGCUGCUUGCAGGACAGUACGAACGAGGUGCGUCGUCCACCCAUCCUCCCGUGACUCCUGGGCAUGUCUGUUUGUGAAUGGCAAGAAUUUACAAGUGGGGGUGGGGGAGUCACCAGAGUAGCACUUGGAGGCACACUGGCACCACCAAGGUCGUGCCCCGAACACCCAUACCCGCUCACUGGCCCCUUAAUCAUGAGGCAGUGAGAGUGGUACCGUCUCUUGCACAAAAAACACAUAGAGCUGAAGGAGGAAGUUGGGAAAGUGAUGCUCUGUCCUGCUUCCUCUUCCAACUCUAUGUGCUUUUCAAGGCUCAGAUUAGUUCUACCGGAUCUGACUUUACUGAUUAAUGGCCAGAGGGGGUGGUCUGUGACACUUGCUCAAAAAUCCAAAUGUGCCCCCCAUCCUAAAAAAAAAAGAUAUACGCUCAGCUUCAGAGUCUGGUGAUUUUCCUUCGGCACAGUAGGGAUUUUGGACCUAGCAUCUUUCUUUGUGCAUAGGCCAAGCCAGUGUGGUGUAGUGGUUAAGAGCGGUAGUCUCGUAAUCUGGUGAACCAGGUUCGAUUCCCCGCUCCUCCACAUGCAGCUGCUGGGUGACCUUGGGCUAGUCACACUUCUUUGAAGUCUCUCAGCCCCACUCACCUCACAGAGUGUUUGUUGUGGGGGAGGAGAGGAAGGGAAAGGAGAAUGUUAGCCGCUUUGAGACUCCUUAGGGUAAUGAUAAAGCGGGAUAUUAAAUCCAAACUCCUCUUCUUCUUCUGUUCUGAACAUUGCCCAUUGUCCUCGUUUGACUCUCUCUCCCCAUGGCAGAUCCGUGAUCUGGCAUCCGAGCUGCUUGUCCACUACUUCCCACCUGCUUUCCCAGAAUCCAUUGCUGUGGCUCUCUUCGAACGGGCACAGGAAGCCAUCUGCAACCCCAGAGUCCCAGAGGCAGAAGCAGGAGCGGUGCUGAUGAAAACCAUCCUCCAGAAGUAGAAUAUUUGUUCUCUGAACCUUUUUUUUUAACGACCAUUUGAGCCUUUUACAGAAUUUAACCCUGUUUGGGGUUGGAAGUUUGGGAGGGCUAUGAAGGAGUUUGGCUCAGGAGGGUGUGUUGGACUAGGGUUGGGCGAUGUAUCAAUAAUAUCGUCCCAAACUGAAAUCCAUAUCGUGAUAAUGGUUUCGUAAUUUUUGACCUGGCAAUAUAUCUUGAAUCAUGAUAUGUUUGUGCAUGCGCACGCUAUGCAAAAAUCACAAUGUGGGGGAAACCAUGGAGCUAGCUGAUUCCUGAGAGCCAGUGUGGUGUCGUGGUUAAGAGCGGUAGACUUGUAUUCUGGGGAACCGGGUUCGCGACUCCGCUCCUCCACAUGCAGCUGCUGGGUGACCUUGGGCCAGUCACACUUCUCUGAAGUCUCUCAGCCUCACUCACCUCACAGAGUGUUUGUUGUGGGGGAGGAAGGGAAAGGAGAUUGUUAGCUGCUUUGAGACUCCUUUGGGUAGUGAUAAAGCGGGAUAUCAAAUCCAAACUCUCUUCUUCUCUUCUGUUAACUUGCCGACUCUGCUCUCCCCUGCCUCAUGCAGGGGGGCAACGAAUCACAAGAGCAGGCGCUGGCAAAAAUCACUACGCAGGAAAAACCAUUGAGACAGCCAGUGCAUCGCCCCAUAGCUCCAUCCCUAUUUCAGACAUUGUGAUAUAUUGGUAUAUCACAAUGUUUAGCAUGCAGUGUUCAAAACCAGAUACCGCCCAGCCCUAGUGAAGGCUAGAGAGGCCUGGAAGUUUGUUUCCCAGUCUAUGGCUGCCCCAUCCCGGUUUGGAGUUAUGCUUUUGUUUGUUACUCAGCCUCUCCUUGUCCAGAAUACAGACAUACCUUGGAAGUCAAACGAAAUCCGUUCCGGAAAUCCGUUCGACUUCCGAAACAUUAGGGAACCAAGGCGCAGCUUCCGAUUGGCUGUAGGAAUAUCCUGCAGCCAAUCAGAAGCCGCGGAAGCCCUGCCGGACGUUCGGCUUCCAAAAGAACAUUCGAUAACCGGAACAAUCACUUCCAGUUUUCGAUCGUUCAGGAGCCAAAAUGUUCGGCUCCCAAGGCGGUUGAAAACCAAGGUACAACUGUACAGUGGUACCUCAGGUUAAGUACUUAAUUCGUUCCGGAGGUCCGUACUUAACCUGAAACUGUUCUUAACCUGAAGCACCACUUUAGCUAAUGGGGCCUCCUGCUGCUGCCGCGCCGCCGGAGCACCAUUUCUGUUCUUAUCCUGAAGCAAAGUUUUUAACCUGAAGCACUAUUUCUGGGUUAGCAGAGUCUGUAACCUGAAGCGUAUGUAACCUGAAGCGUAUGUAACCUGAGGUACCACUGUACUUUAGUUUUUGAAGGAACAGCUGCUCCUUUCCCUCUUCUAACUACCUUCACUGUUUUUCCUCCACCAGAACAGACAGUCUUGCGUUGAAACGAAUGUUGCCAGGGGCAAAGGAAGAUCCGCCUGCGACAUGUCUCUACCAGGCGUUCCUCAAGCAUCUCCUUGGCGAGCUGCGGACACAUUUCGCCAGGGCUGCCCACGACUUGUUACUGGCAGCGCACACCUCACCGAUACAUGGUCAGCGCCUUGGGGCUUGGGGGAUUGCUUGAAGCAGGGCAGGAUUGCUUGGGAACUGAGAGAGAGAGGGAGGGGUUGCAACAGGGCCUUCUCUGUGGUGGUUCCCUGUUUAUGGAAUGAUCUCACCUGCGAACUGCGCUUGAUCCCUCUCGUUAUUAUCCUUUAGAAGGGAUUUCUUAAAACAUCCCUUUUCACCCAGGCAUUGGGUGGCUGAAACAUACUCGGUUGCAGCCAUGUAAAUUUUACUCAGAGUAAAAAAUGGACCUAAGUUAUCCACGUUCAUUUCAGUGAGUCUACUUUGAGUAAGGCUCGUGUUGGGUGCAACCCAUUGUUUCUGGCAAUGUUGGAAUGAGAAGUUGUCGUAAUAUUUGGCUUGCUUUUAAAAUUAAAAAAACACCAUUAUUUUCAUUGCUUUUUAUGCGUUACUGUUACUACCAGUAAUAACAAUUUCCCCACUGGGCCACAAAGAUCACUGAAUAACCUUGGGCUAGUCAUCUCUCAUAGGCUACUCCUACCUCACAAGGCUGGUGUGAAAAUACUGUGGGAAAACUUUUGUGUACAAAAUUAAAAACUUAAGGGGAAAGACCCCUAUGGAGAACAGACCCCCUCCUGGAACUCAUGAGGGGCAUGGAAUAUUAACUGAUGGUUGUGGGGGGACUCCUAGACCCCAUUUGCACUAGACAUUCAAAGCAGUGUUGCACCACGUUCACCAGUCAUGGCUUCAUGCAAAGGAUCCUGGGAAGUGUGGCUUGUUCAGAGUGCUGAGAGUUCUUUGGAGACCCCUCCUCCCCUCACAGAACUACAUUUCCCAGAGUCCCCUGGGGAAGGAGGCAGAUCUGUUAAGCAAGCCACUCCUCCCAGGAUUCUAUGGGGCGAAGAAGCCAUGACUGUUGAAAGUGGUAUCAUACUGCUUCAAAUGUAUGUUCGGACAUUGCCUUAACCAGCAUUCUUUGUCCCAGCAGGGGUGAUUUCUGCUCUGAGGCAAUGUCUGCUGGAGGUCCCAGAGGUGGCAACCUCAAUGUUGAAACCAGAGCAGGCGGAGAGCUGGCGGCUUUUCCUUAGCAGUUUGGUGAACGCCGUGAGAGACGUCAGCAAUUUGCUUUUGGGAGUGUUGCAGAGCAAGCGGCCCUCGAGCUUAGACCAGCAAGGUGAGACCAGGCCGGGAUAGAAAGAUGUGAAACAGCUGCCAACGCAUUCAAAUGUAAGCCUUUCUACGCAGGUCUUCAAAACAGUGUGCAGAGAUCUUUAUGUUCUCCCUCCAUCUGGAUGGCCCACCCCUUUUUAAAUCACCUGUUCCAUUCCCUUCCUUCCUUGGUGCCAGUGUGGUGUAGUGGUUAGAGCAGGGGUUGGCAAGGUUUACAGGCCAUGGGCCAGAUCACUCCCACGGAAAUCGUCCGUGGGCCAGACUGGCGCAGCGCGACGUCAGAAAUCGCGUCUGCGCAUGUCCGUGAUGCUGGGAAUUGCUUCUGUGCAUGCCCAGAUGCCCAAAAUUGUGCCUGGCAGAAGUGAUUGGAAGUGUCUGGACAUGUGCAGACGUGAUUUCCAGUAUCUGUGCAUGCGCAGACGCAAUUUCCAGCACCGCUCAGCGAGUCCCCGCACUGUGCUGCGCCGGUUUAGCGCAGCGUGCCAGAGACUCACCAAGUGGGUGGCUCAGUUCAGGAGCGGGUCAUGGGCCGGUAAAACGGUCUUCGUGGGCCGCAUCCGGCCCGUGGGCUGCACGUUGCCGACCCCUGGGUUAGAGUGUCAGACUAGGACCUAAAUAAUAAAAAAGGAGAACCGUGUGUUCCCAGUCGGAACUCUUUAGGGAGAGGCGAGAUACAAAGAUAAUUGAUGAAUCAAUUUAAAAGACAUUACCAGAUGGUGGCAUAACCAUGGCUAGUAAGAACGUUGCCAGGGGAGUUGAUUUGAUGAGAUAAGCAGCUCAGUUAAACCCCCUUCACACACCCACACCCGGAACCACAGUCCUUAUCUGGUUCAGCUCUCCUGCGCCAAUGGAUGCGUUAAAUUUUUAAAAGGAGGACUUGCUCACAAAUUUAUUGACAGCUGCACAAAUUAUUAUUAUUAUAGCCAGGAAAUGGAAGGGGCAGGUAGAAUAUAAAAUGGAAGAAUGGUAUAAAGAGGGGUGAGAUAUAGCUGUUAAUGAUAAAUUAACAUGUGCCAUUAAGGUAAGACGGGGAAUAUGCAGUAGAAAUGAUUCUGAGGAGAUAUGGAAGGUGUUGUGGAAUUUGUACUGUUAAAACGGAAAGGGGCUCAAACCUGUUAGGAUAUUUCCGUUCCACCUUAAAAGGGAGCAGGCUGUGAGUCACAGAGUCUGCGUAUUUCCUGUUCACAGGAUGUUUAUGUUUGUCAUGAUUGCAUAAUUCGGUUUUCUACUGUGUCGUAGACACUAUAAGCUAGGCAGUUCUCCAUGUUUUUUUUCUAGUAGUUCUGAUUCAAUCGCUAAACAAGUCUUGUACAAUCAACAAAUUGCUCUACACUCAUGCUGCGACUUUUGGCUGCUGCAGUUAUCUGCUGAUCAGAGUGUUGCAUGAGCUCUGGAAUGUGGCAAGAUAUUUUCUAGACAACUCAUGUUCGCUAAUUGCUCUGAUACUGCGUGUCUUACUGGAGAUCGAUGGAUCGUCCAGACCAGACGAGCGUUGGCGGCACAUCGCAUGGACUUUCAGAUCUCCUGGCAGUAUCCCAACAAGUCCAUCGCCAGAGGUGUUGAUAUUUCUGGGAUGUUGGAUAGUUCACAAUGGAAUGGUCUCGGUGGUGCGUAUGCAGUCAUUUUCAUUCUCUAUUUAUUUACUGAUUGGAAUUUCUUCCUGUCAUACAUCAUUAAAUCGGAAGUAUUCUACUGUGUUUUAAGUGUAUAACUUGGCUGCUGUUUCUCCAUAUUCUUAACACAACUUCCUAACCCCUUCUUGGUUUUAUUGCAGCUGCAGCGCCUUCAUUUGCAGACAUGGGGAAUGCGAUCAGUUUCCUUAUCCAUGUGGGGAAGGAUCCUGGGCUCCCUAAUGAGGACGAUUCAGUUCUACUCUCGGAGGAGCACAGUCUGAUCCUGACCUGUUGCUGGGUCUCUGUGAAAGUGAGCAGUUUUGAGAGUGUUUCAGGUUUUUAAACAUGGCAGGGGCUGGGGGGUGGGGAGUUGGGUUAAAUUCGUAGCUGAUGGUAGGCACCUCCAACAUCAGUUGACUGAGCUGGCUCGACAGCUGGAAAUGUUCUGUUUCUCAGGGAACUAAACCGUUUGCAGGCCGGUUUCUGUGAGGGAAAGGGACAUGGUCAGUUUGGCUGGGGUCGAAACCACAGAGAGAAACGAGCCAGGGAGAGGUCCCAGUACGUUGUGAAGUUAAGCAACAAGGAGCCAAGAGGCUGGAGAGCCGAUAGCACCAUGGAGAGUAACAAACUGACUCAAAAAAGAAAUCUAAAGAAAGGGGGAGGCGAAUAAGGCUUAAGGAAUAGGACAGAGAGGAGCGAAACUGUAGCAUAGUGAAGCUAAUGGAAACUAGGCUUUGAAGGAACUUCACAGCACUUUAAAUGAGGAGGGGGUGUUUCCUACAGGGGUGGGAGACAGGUGAGGGGAGAGACUCCAUCAGGCAAGGCCUCUUUCCACCUGCCUUGCCCCACCCUCUGGUUUCUGCUUCUCAAUUUGUAGUGUAUUAUUUUAUGUACUGUGGCUUGCCGUUGUUUUAUUGAUUAUACAGUGGUACCUCGGGUUGUGAACGGCAUCCGUUCCGGAGGCCCGUUCGCAACAUGAAAAGAGCACAACUCGCAGUGGCGCGUCUGCGCACGCACGGGUUGUGAUUCGUCACUUCUGCACAUGCGCGUGACGUCAUUUUGCACUUCUGUGCAUGGGCGAGCGGCAAAACCCGGAAGUAACCCUUUCCGGUACUUCCGGGUUGCCACGGGACAUAACCUGAAAGAAUGUAACAUGAAGCAAACGUAACAUGAGGUAUGACUGUAGUUUAGAAAUUAUUUAUUGUAACUGCUGAGUGGAUUUCCGUUUAACUUUUAUAUGUUAUUAUUAUUAUUUAAUACUAUUCUAAUGAUUGUUGAAUGUUACUUUAUUGAUACGUUACCUAUUUUAAAGUUACGUUUUAUUAUCACAUUUUUGUAUUGCAUUAGAUUGUUAUAAGAUGUACAUUUUUUGUUUCUUCAACUUGUAAACUGCCUUGAGUAUUGUAAGAUAGAAAGACGGUAUACAAAUUGAAAAUGAGGAGGAGGAGUAUUAGGGAGGUUGAUCAGGGGGCUGAAAAAAGUAGGACGAAGCAAAGGACCAGCUGAAAAGGACCAUACAGUGGUACUUCGGGUUACAUACGCUCAGAUUACAUACGCUUCAGGUUACAGACUCCACUAACCCAGAAAUAGUGCUUCAGGUUAAAAACUUUGCUUCAGGAUGAGAACAGAAAUCGUGCUCCGGCGGCGCGGCAGCAGCAGGAGGCCCCAUUAGCUAAAGUGGUGCUUCAGGUUAAGAACAGUUUCAGGUUAAGUACGGACCUCUGGAACGAAUUAAGUACUUAACCUGAGGUACCGCUGUAUAGGACCAUAAAGCUUAACACCGCCACCCAAAUUGCGAAGGUACAGUGGUGCCUCGCAAGACGAAAUAAUCCAUUCCGCGAGUCUCUUCAUCUUGCGGUUUUUUCGUCUUGCGAAGCAGGGCUAUUAGCGGCGUAGCGGCUAUUAGCGGCUUAGCGGCUAUUAACGGCUUAGCGGCUUUAAGAAAAAGGAAACAAACUCGCAAGAACUCUCAAGACGUUUCGUCUUGCGAAGCAAGCCCAUAGGGAAAUUUGUCUUGCGGAACGACUCAAAAAACGGAAAACUCUUUCGUCUUGCGCGUUUUUCGUCUUGCGAGGCAUUCGUCUUGCGAGGUACCACUGUAUCAUGGCACUCUCUGGGGAAUUAGAUGCACUGGACUCAUCCACAACACAAGAGAAGAGAGGGCUCCCUUAUUCAUCAGACUUCUCCCCUCCCAAUCUCACAAAUUCUAUUCUUUUUAACUACCAAGGAAAUCGGGCUGCUUUUGGGAGGCCUGGCAGAGAAGAUUUUGCCCCUGGCGCCCCCAGGAGGCUGUCUCCUGCCGCUCCAGGUUGUAAAGAUGGCUGCUGAGGCGUUUCAGGAUAUCCUGCUGACGUGCCGCCAUUGGGUAAGGCUGUCUUCCUGCUGGUACAGCUGAAGUCUAAACGGGCUCUUCAAAGCCUUGCUUAGAUUCGUGUUUUGUACUUUUACAAGUGUCUUAUAGCAGCAGCAGAGCACACAGCAGCAGUUGCUGGUAGCGGCCAUUUUGUUUCACCCCAGAAUGCCUCAAUUCGGUGUAAUUCGGGGGGGGGGGUUGGGGGUGUGUGGAGAGGUGGAUACAGCCAAAAAUAGGGGCUGCCAUGCUUUUUGUGCUGUCUGCCAUUGUGCCCCUCAAUAUACUCCCUGGUCACAUCCUUUAUGAAUACAAAUGGCUUCCCCCAAAGAAUUCUGGGAACUUUGUUAAGGGUUCGGGGGGGGGGAACCAUAGCUCUGUGAUGGGCGAGCGACACAUUUCCCACGAGUCUUUGGAGGAAGCCAGUUACGUUAAAUGUAUGAUAUAUACUGUGACCCUUAAUUAACAAGGCUGGUUUGGGGCAUUGGGGGGAAAGCAAAAUGGUGGUCGCUAACAACGGCUGUUCAUGUCAGCUCUGGCUUCUGUCAUUGCUGUACACCACCCUGAUGUUCCUGGGAGUUGUAGUUUGUUAAGGGUGCUGAGCGUUGUUAGGAGAUCCCUAACAGAGUCGCAGUUCCCAGAGUUCCCUGUGAUGAAGCAUGGAUUGUUAAACCACUCUGGGCAGUAUAGUUCUGAUAGGGGAAUAGGACCCUCUUAACAGCUCUCAGCACCCUUAACAAACUACAGCUCCCAGGAUUCUUUGGAGGAAGCCGUGACUGUUUAAAGUGGUAUCAUAUUGCUUUAAUAUAUGAUGUAGAUGUGGCCUUAUUUUGUCCCCUCUCCUUCCCAUCUUUUUAUCCUCUCACUUUCCACGUGUCUCGGUAUUGCCUGGAUUUUUAAGGUUGUCCGUUGGCAGCCUUCUACUGACCAGUAAGGUAGCUGACUCGUUCGUUUUGUUUUCUCUAGGGAGCAGUGGAAGGCUGCAGCCUGGGAUUCACAAAAUUCUGUGCCACUUUGCUAAACAACCCAGACCCAGAGCUCCAAGAUAUACCAAGGAAAGCGCUGGAGCAGGUACCUUGGCAGUUAAACAUCCCAUCUAGGUUAAAAACAUAGGAAGUUGCUUUAUACUGAGUCAGACCACUCGUCCACCCUGUGCAGUAUUGUAUGCACUGACUGGCAGUACAGUGGUGCCUCGCAAGACGAAAAGAAUUCGUUCCGCGAGUCUUUUCGUCUUGCGAUGUUUUUCGUCUUGCGAAGCACGGUCCGUCGCAACUGCGCCUCUUCAAGCGGCUUUAAAAAAAAAGCCCAAGACGUUUUCGUCUUGCGAAGCAAGCCCAUAGGGAAAUUCGUCUAGCGAAGCAAUGCAAAAACGGAAAACCCUUUCGUCUAGCGAGUUUUUCGUCUUGCGAGGCAUUCGUCUUGCGGGGCACCACUGUAGCUCCAUAAUAAUAUUAAUAGUAAUAAAAAUUUAUUACUUUUACCCCGCCCAUCUGGCCAGGCCUCCCCAGCCACUCUGGGUGGCUCCCAACAGAAUAUUAAAAACACAAGGAAACAUCAAACGUUAAAAAUUACCCUAAACAGGGCUGCCUUCAGAUAUAAAAGUCAGAUAGUUGUUUAUUUCCUUGACAUCUGAUGGGAGGGCGUUCCACAGGGAGGGAGCCACCACCGAGAAGGUCCUCUGCCAGGUUCCCUCUAACUUCACUUCUAGGGAACUGCCAGAAGGCCAUCGGAGCUGGACCUCAGUGUCCGGCCUGAACGAUAGGGUGGAGACGCUCCUUCAGGAAUAGUGGGCCAAGGCCGUUUAGGGCUUGAAAGGUCAGCACCAACACUUUGAAUUGUGCUCGGAAACGUACUGGGAGCCAAUGAAGAUCUUUCAGGACCAGUGUUAUAUGGUCUCGGCGGCUGCUCCCAGUCACCAGUCUAGCUGCUGCAUUCUGGAUUAAUUGCAGUUUCCGAGUCACCUUCAAAGGUAGCCCCACAUAGAGCGCAUUGCAGUAGUCCAAGCGGGAGAUAACCAGAGCAUGCACCACUCUGGCAAGACAUUCUGCUUGCAGGUAGGGUCUCAGCCUGCAUACCAGGUGGAGCUGGUAAACAGCAGCCCUGGACACAGAAUUACGAUAAGAGUAGUUCCAACAGUGGAAUGGUCUCCCUCAGGAGGUGGUGGACUCUCCUUCCUUGGAGGCUUCUAAGUAGAGGUUGGAUGGCCGUCUGUCAUGGAUGCUUAGCCUGAUAUGACCUGCAUUGCAGGGGGUUGGACUAGAUGACCCUUGGGGUCCCUUCCAACUCUACAAUUCUGUGAUUCUAUCCCUGAACUACCUCCACAUUCAGAGGCAGCAGUGCUGCUGAGUACCAGUUUGCUGGGAAUCACAGGAGAGUACAGUGCUGUGGUGCUCAGGUCUUCUGGGCUUCCCUGACAACAUCAGGCACAUCGCGGCCUGUUUUUGGGUCAUUUAACCACUUGUCAACUGGGUUGGGGGGGCUUCUUUUUCUUUCCAGGGUUUGGCUUUGUUAAGCAGCCCCAGGAACUGCUCCAUCACCCGCAGGGCAGCUGGCUUCCCCAUGCUCUUCCUGUGCAUCAUGGUUGGGGAAGACCCCUCCAAGACGCGUCCUCUCCUGGCGAACUGCGUUCAGAGGCUGCUGGCUUUAGCCGGCGAGCCUCUCCCCGGAGAUUGGGACCAGACGGUGGACUUGCCUCAGGUAAAAGAGAACAAGUAAUGGAAGGUCAAAGAAUGGCGGGCAGGUUUUUGGCAGGGCAGAAUCUGUUCAUUGAUUUCAUCACUAGCCAGGAACCUGGAAGGGUCAGUUCCAAGUAAACAGAAAAUGGUUUGGCCUUUUUACAGCAUCAGUCAAAGAGGGGUUAGAUGGAGUAAUAAAAAUUGAAAUGCGGAUCCCAGUAGUGGAGUAAUUCGUUUUGAUUUAUAGGUCACAAAGAACACCAUAAAAGAAAAAUUAGUAGAUUGAAAACAGUGGUACCUCGGUUGUUGAAUGUAAUCCGUUCCGGAAGACCGUUCGACUUCCGAAAUGUUUGACAAAUGAGGCACAGUGGGCAGUCGGCAAAAUCCAUUGAGAAAAUGGAGAAACGCACCUCAGAAGCCGCUUGACCUUCCAAGGCGUGUUCAAAAACAGAAGCAUUCACUUCCGAUUUCUGGCGUUCAAAAACUGAAACUUUCGGCUUCUGAAGCAUUUGACAACCGAGGUACCACUGUACUAUGUUGAACAGAAGAUUUAUAAAAUAUAUUGUGUUUUACAUAUCCUGAGUCCUGAGGUGCUGUUCACGGAUGGGAGGAAAGUAAUUUGUGUCUGAAUAUAAAAGGUCCAGUCGUGACCGACUCUGUGGUUGCGGCGCUCAUCUCGUUUAUUGGCUGAGGGAGCCGGUGUACAGCUCCUGGGUCAUGUGGCCAGCAUGACUAAGCCGCUUAUGGCGAACCAGAGCAGCGCACGGAAACGCCGUUUACCUUCCCGCCGGAGCAGUACCUAUUUAUCUACUUGCCCUUUGAGGUGCUUUUGAACUGCUAGCUUGGCAGGAGCAGGGGCCGAAUCACCCCGUCACGGGAUUCGAACCGCUGACCUUCUGAUCGGCAAGUCCUAGGCUGUGUGGUUUAACCCACAGCGCCACCUGCAUCCCGUCUGUAUAUAUAUUUAUACCCUAAUUGACAUUGCUUUCGGUCUUGAACAUUAAAAAACAAAAUGAAGCGCAGGAGAUUAUAUGCAUAGAUGUUGAGCGAAUAAUAAAACCCGCGCCAGUUUUGUUUUUAAGGUGAGGGAGCCGAACGCCCAACACCCAGAAAAGUAAUUUAAAAAAUGUGUUUCUUUUGUAGCCCCAGAAGGGGUCCUGGGCCCGAUUCACUUAGGAAGGAUGUUAGUAGCUGCUGGUGUGGUGGAACAGAGCAGCACUCCUAACAUGGCACCACUGCAGCUUCCCUGGAUGUUAAGCUGCAAAACAACCUCUCUUCCUUUUUCCUGCACAGGUUUCGGCUCUCCACGUGCUACAGACCCUGGUCCGUGGCUCCGGUCUUGGCACAGCCCUGAACCAGUACGUUACGUCCAUGGUGGUGUUAUUUCUCGAGGCGCUCCGCUCCCCCAGCUGGGCCAUGAGAAACGCAGCCAUCCAGCUCUUUGGUAGGCAGUUCUCUUCCCAUUACCCCAGGGGUGAGAGCUCCGUAGGACCCUCGUACCUACGGGACCGCCUCUCCUGGUAUGUCCCACAGAGGAACUUACGGUCUUCAAACAAAAACAUCCUGAAGGUCCCAGGCCACAGAGAGGUUAGGCUGGCCUCAACCAGAGCCAGGGCUUUUUCGGCUGUGGCUCCGAUCUGGUGGAACGCUCUGUCACAAGAGAUUAGGGCCCUGCGGGACUUGACAUCUUUCCGCAGGGCCUGCAAGACAGAGCUGUUCCACCGGGCCUUUGGUCAGGGCACAGCCUAACUCCCUCCUUUGGCAAUCUUCACAGAACUUUAGCCUAAUGGUUGCCAUUAAUUUGAGUUGAACUAAUUUUAUAAUGAAAUGAUUUUAGAAUGUUGUACUAUUUUAUUGUUGUUAGCCGCCCUGAGCCCGGCUUCGGCUGGGGAGGGCGGGAUAUAAAUAAAAAUUAUUAUUAUUAUUAUUAUUAUUAUUAUUAUUAGUGGCUGCGCUGUCAGCCUCCCAAGGCCCGCAGCCCCACUCAGCUGUGAAGCUUCCUCGUUGAUGACCUUGGGCCAGCCCAUUGCCUCCCAGCCUGCUCUACCUUGCAAGGUUGUUGUUUGAAUUAAAUACGGAGGGGUGAGUGGGGAACCACGUACACCACCUCAAGCUCCUUGAAGGAAAGAGGGAGUGCAAAUGCAAUUUAAAAAAUAAAUGAAAUACGUCAGGACCACAUUUCUUCUGCACAUACUCAUAGCCAAAGAUAGGAUAGGUAGACAGGCUGCAGGCUUUCCCAUCAGGUCAAAUGGGGCACUGCCCCACUGACCUGCCUUUUUUUAAAAAAAUAUUAUUAUUAUUGAUACUUAUUCAAUGAUAUGCAAAAAUACAUACCCAUUGCAAAUAUAUAUAAUAUACUGAGAUAAAACAGCUACUUAGUCUAAAAGAGAAAAAGUCAGAAGACAAGGCAAGGAGAGGAGAAAUCUGAAGGAAGUGAGAGAAAAGGAAAAGAAAGAAAAACUAAAGACUGAUAAAGGAGAAGAAAAUAAAAGGACCUUUAGCUCUCUGUCCUAUGAUAUUCAUUCCUUAAGAUAUAACCAUUCCAUCUUCUGUAAACCAUUAUUUUUUUCCAUCUCCAAAUCUGAAUAUUACAAGUUCGUUUUCUCCUUCACGCAAAAAGUCGGUAAGGACUUUCCAAGCCUUAACAAAUAAUCAGUAAUGAUUUGCCUCUGAUUAAACAUGUUCACUUUGCCACCUCAGCCAAGCACAAUAGUUUUAUCAGCCUCCAUAGUGGGUACAGCUCUGGCUUUCCAUCUUCGUGCAUAUAGCAAUCUCACCUCUGUAAUCAUAUAUUGAAGUAAUCUUCCAUAAUCCUUUUCCAGUUGUCUGCCCUAAAAAAAAAAGAGUUCUGGCUUCAGCUGAACAUUAACCUUUAAAAUCUGCUGUAUCAAUGUACAUAUUUGCAUCCUUUUUUUUUUAGUCGUUUUACAUGUUACCUGUCCUGAGUCUUCGAAUCACACCUAUCUUCUUACUUCCAACCGGUCCAGAGGGGUUGCCCUUCCUGGCUCCUUUGUCCUCUUUAGUCUCCAUAGAAUUCAUGGUGGAGGAGGGUGAGAAGAAAAAACUAGAAUUUGUUGGCUUCAUUCUUUUAUUGGCCACUGACUGUUUGGGCUCCCUGCUUCCUGCCUUACCAGUUCCAAUCCCCUGGAGAUAUAUCUAUUUAGGUAAAGGGACCCCUGACCAUUAGGUCCAGUCGUGACCAGCUCCGGGGUUGCAGCGUUGAUCUUGCUUUAUUGGCCAAGGGAGCCGGCGUACAGCUUCCGGGUCAUGUGGCCAGCAUGACUAAGCCGCUUCUGGCGAACCAGAGCAGCUCACGGAAACGCCAUUUACCUUCCCGCCGGAGCGGUACCUAUUUAUCUACUUGCACUUUGACGUGCUUUUGAACUGCUAGGUUGGCAGGAGCAGGGACCGAGCAACGGGAGCUCACCCCGUCAUGGGGAUUCGAACCGCUGACCUUCUGAUCAGCAAAUCCUAGGCUCUGUGGUUUAACCCACAGCGUCACCCGCUUCCCAUAUAUCUAUUUAGGUACAGAUAAAAGACAAGGUUCCUGGUGCCAUCACUGGAUAUAACAUGGCUCUGUGUUCUUUUCAUCCUGCUGUUAUUUUCCCCCCAGGUGCCCUGACUGUCCGUCUGCUCGGUCGGACGCGGAGCUGGGACGAUGGCUGCGAUCAGGAUGGGGUGAGCCCUGAGGCCCUUUUCACCCGCUACCCUCAGCUGAGGAGCAUCCUGCUCAAGGAGUUAGUCGUGGCUGCUGAAGAGUCCACAGGGCCCCAGAGAGGGAGGUUUCGACUCUGUCCAUCCCUCUACGCCAUCCUCACCUUUCUGGCAAAACUCCAGACUGGUGGCACAGAUACGUGGAAUAGGUAGGCAACUCAGGCAGAAUCUUGCCCAUGGCGGGAAGGAGGCACUAAGGGCAGUGCUGGAUUUACGUAUAAGCUAAGCAAGCUUUAGCUUAGGGCCCCAGUCUCUUGGGGGGGGCCACAAAAAAUGUAAAGGGGGGAAAACUGGAUGUACAUUUCCAAAAUAUAAGAUAAAAAACAAAUAACACAAAACCUACACAGCAACAGUGUUUUGCGUUGUGUAGGCUCCUAUGAUGUAAUUAAUGGGCCCCACCUGCUAGCCUGCUCCCUAAAAUAUCACUGGUUUGCUCCUUUCUAUAUGGCUUUAGAUACCUAUUAGGUCCAUAAAUUACCACAUAGCAUAUAUUCCACACAAAGAACAGCAAUAAUUUGUUGUUGACAAAGGACAGCUGGACAUAUAAAGGACCCCAUUACCUUCAGUAGCUUAGGGCCUCAUCAAACCUAAAUCCGGCACUGACCAAAGGUGAUUGGACAGUCGCAGUCGGGUUUUGUGCAGGUAUUUUUGCUUGCACACCAAGGCACAUGGAUGGAGCUCAGCUCAGGGUUGUGGGUCAAGCCCCAAGUUAGGCAAAAAAUAAUAAUAUUCCUGCAUUGCAGAGGGUUUUAUUCAAUGACCAUCGUGGUCCCUUCCAACUCUUCGAUUCUGUGAUUCUGUGGUAUCGGAUCGAAUAUUUAUUGUUAUGACUGGUGACCUGCGUUAAAGAAACAAAAUAAGAAAUACGUUAUCCAGAGGUGUGAGUAGCCUAGAGUGAAAUAAGAUUGGCAUGAACACUUGAAAAGUAAGGGUCACGUCACAAACUCUAGACCUGGUGAGUUUUGCUUGCUGCAGCAAAGUACUUGGCCAUACUGAGAGUGAUAGAUGCAUUUUGGUCUCAAAGGCAUAGUGGGACUCGCACACUGAAAGCUAGAUACGUACACUUCAGGGGCAAAAAGCCUGAGGCCUGUAGUUUGUUAAGGGUGCUGAAAAUUGUAGCUCUGCAAGGGGUAAACUAUAAUAGUAUUCUUUUUUUGAGGGUAGGAAAUGUGCUUUCAGUUUAUGGCCUGUACAUUAGAGAUAUAAAACAUGUGACUUCCUCCCAAAAAAUCCUGGGAGCUGUAGUUUGUUAAGGGCACUGGCAUUCUGAAAACACUGUCUUUCGUCUGUUCCUUGUUCUGCAGCGAUACCAACGCCUGCUUCCUGGAGCCCCUCGUCCGGCUUUCCGGAAACCCCAUACAUGCCGUGAGGGUGAUGGCAGCCAAGGCCUUGGUCCCGUUAGUUCCUGCGACGGAAUAUGGAGGUGUCCUCUUCCGACUGGCCUCGGGUUUGGCGCUGCCGGGGGAUGUGCUUUGCCACAACGCCCUGCAUGGCAGACUGCUGCAGAUCCAUGCCGUGUUGGCUCAGGCCCUGAAUGCAAACUGGUAAGAGUGGCUCUCUGGUAGUGCCACCCCUAAUACUUAGCUCUUUUCUUUUCAAAAAUUUUAUUGGUUUUCACAAAAUUAUAAACAGACAAACAAACAAACAAACAUAAAUCAUGACCUUAUUAAAAUUACACUUAUUAACUUUGUUAAGUGACUUCCUCGCUUCCCCUUGGUUGAAUUUCAAUGCAUGUCCUUUUAACGGUUUUCCAAUUCAGAGUUCUUGUACACUUAACAUCGUUCUAUCUUUCCAAUUCAAAAUUAAACAUAUUAAUUCAUCACUUAACUUAUAUAAAAUCCUAAGCCAAUCUAAUACUUGCAAGCUAUUUCCGAUUAAUUUAACUUAACGAAUACUUACCUCUUUUCAGAGGUAAGUCACGCCGGGUUCAAGGGAAGCUUCCUCCUGGGUAAGCGUCUGUGGAAUAGCAGUCUAAUUCUGCGUACAUAACCAGACCUUUUGAAGGACAGGGUUUCCCCCAAGGAAUCAUAGGAAGUGUGGUUUAUUGCUCACAGAGCUACAAUUCCCGGCACCCUUAACAAACUACAGUUCCCAGGAUUAUUUGGGUGGGUGGUAGUCAUGUGCGUUAAAUGUAUGGUGUAUACGUGCAUUUUUGUUUCAUUCGAACGCCUUCUGUCUGUAGCUGGGUUUAAAUUCUGGGAGGUUGGAUAGUUAGAAUGGAAUGGUCUCGGUGGUGGGGUGCACAUUUUCAUUCUUGUUUAUUUAUGAUUAUUACUUUGCCAAAGUAAAAUAGAUAAAUAAUGGAGUCUCCUUCGCUAGAUACCUCCCCUGUGAUCAACGUUAGCCCGUCACGCGAGAACUACUAGGGAACUCUCUGAGAUUUCUGUAACCAGCCAGUCCAACCUAAACACAUCACAACGCAUGCAAGCGUUUACAAUUUCAGUGAAUUAAAUGACUGCGCUUAACACUAAUAUGGUGGUCUUAACUUCCUUUCAGUCUUCCCCCCGACGUGCUGUUCUCCAUCGCUGGCCAGUUGGAAGACCGUCUCUGGUUGCUCACCCCCACGCAGCCAUGUCCCCUCGUUCGCACGGCCUACCUCCAAGCUGUUUCCCUCCUGAUUGGAAGCUGUUCUCGAGAUUUUGAGCAGCGAGUUCGAGAGGUGGUGAGCAGCGAACUGGCCAACUCCGAGCCCUUAGUGAAGCCUGGUGCAUCUCAGGUUCAGGUAUAUUUUUUAAAAAAUAUAUAUUUAAUCAUUUUUUCAAUACAAACAACCACCACAAAAAACACGUACAACAAAAACCACUAUAACACUAAUAACACAAUUUAACAAUUCAGAUUUGAGUACUGAUAUACCUAUGACUACACCUUUCUAACAAUAUUUCCCCAACUCUCCUCCCCCUACUUCCCACCACUGCCCGCCUUAUCGCUUAAAUAUUCCUUCCAGAUUUCUUCAUAUUUAUCCAUUCUUAAUUUGCGUCGACAUGCAAUUUGUUCGUAUGUAGCUAGUCUGUCCAUAUUAUCAAUCCAUGUGCUCAAUGGAAUCUUUUUGCGGCUCUUCCAAUUCAUCAAAACAAGUUUUUUUGCUUCUAAUAUGGCACGGUACAUCCAUUUUUUUUUACCCCUUGUAAUCUCCCACGUUUCCAGUAUAUAAUUUAGAAUUAAAUUCAAUUCCCCUAAAUAACAAUUCCUUUUUAUUAUUCUUGCUAUAUAUAUCUUCACCUCGCACCAAAAUGAUCUUAUCAUCGGGCAGUUAAUCAUCAUAUGUACUAAGUUCGCAUUUUUACUCCCACAUCUCCAGCAGUUGUCUGAAUUUGUUAUUAGGUUCAGGUAUAUUUUACAUCUGCCAAGGCCGGCAGAACUGACAAAUAGCAGCGGGUGGAAGCCAGGAGUCCAGCUGGAAACGCUCCAUAAAAUUUGGCAGGAUAUAAGAUGGUGGUUGACAACUUUUGGGGGUCAGUGCGGGCACAUUUUGGGGGUUUUUUGUUCCGCGGGGAUGGGCUGCGGGCGCUGGUCACAAAAUGGCUGCCAUGGGACCUAACAUAAAAUGGCUGCCCUGGGGUGUGUGGCACAACACACGGCCGUAUCCAAAAGUGCAGGAAAAAGAGACCGGGAUGCAUAAUGGUGCAUUGUGUGGAUUUUAGAGGGGGAUAGUUACCGUAUUUUUCGCUCUAUAAGACGCACCGGACCAUAAGACGCACCUAGUUUUUGGAAGAGGAAAACAAGAGGGAAAAAAAUCUGAAUCCCAUAAGCCAGGACAGCCAGCAGGAUCGCUGCGCAGCGAUCCCGCUGGCUGUCCUGGCUUAUGGGAUAGCUGCGCGCAGCCUCUCCCGGGCAGCAGGUUAAAGGCUCCCCUUUCCCGAGAGAGUCUGCGCAGCUAAGGCUCCCCCAAGGGCCGCGCUCCCUUUAAAGAGCGUGCAGAGUAUGUGUGGCUCUUGGGGGCUUUCCCCCGAAAAAGGGCUGCCCUUCUCCCUCCUCAGGGAAAAGGGACACACGCUCUAUGCGGCUCUUUAAAGGGAGCGCUGAGCAGAGCCUCCCGCCUGCAUUCGCUCCAUCAGACACACACACAUUUCCCCUUACUUUUUAGGAGGGGAAAAGUGCGUCUUACAGAGCGAAAAAUACGGUAAUGGGAUCUUCUGCAAGCAUGCUUUUGCAGGGACAUGCUUGUAUACGCUGGACUGGCAUUCCCUAUGCGAGGAAUAAGGAUGAAAUCGGUUUUGAAGGCCCCUGCAGAGAUGCUUCAUUGCAGCAGAUGGUGGCAAAUAAGACCAAAACAAUCCGUAAGAAAUUUAGGGUUGCCCCGUUGUUUCCUAUACUAUUUGUUUGAAUGCUGACGCCUACACAGUUUUGAUCCUCUAUCCGUGCCUCCUGCUGUUAUUUUUUUACAGAAUUAUUUCUUCAUAAUUUCACCGUCCUUCCAAGGAGCUUUGGGGCAAUGUGCAUGGCUUUCUUACCCUCAAUUUCACAACAUCCCUGUGAGGUAGACCUAGGGCCAGUGCAGGGAGCUUCGUGUCUGAGUGGAGAUUUGAACCUAGGUCCCUGCAGUCCUAGUCCAGCACCCUAACUGUUACACCAAACAGGGCUGUCUGAAUACACCCAAACCCUGCUGUUCUUGGUUCUCUCCCAGAUUGGUUCUGCCACAUUCUGCCAGCAUGCGGCCUGCUUCCUUUGUCACGAGGCCGCGAGAUCAGGAGCUCCUGAGAGAAUUGGCGAAGUUUGCUUGCUCCUGCAAAGGGGGAACGUCGAUGUGCAAGUAGCCAUUCUGACCUGGGUGACUGAAAAGGAGGAGGAAAACUGUCUGAAUUCUAGCAAGGAGUUGCAAAUAGUGUUACUGGUGAGCCUUGGCUUAUUUUUUAUUUAUUGGCUUUACCGUAUAUCACCCUUUACCCUUCAUCACAAGAUCUCAGGACGGUUCACCGAAUAAAAUACAGGAUAAAGGUAAAGGUAAAAGGACCCCUGACCAUUAGAUCCAGUCGUGACCAACUCUGGGGUUGCAGCGCUCAUCUUGCUUUAUUGGCCGAGGGAGCCAGCAUACAGCUUCCGGGUUAUGUGACCAGCAUGACUAAGCUGCUUCUGGCAAACCAGAGCAGCGCACAGAAACGCUGUUUACCUUCCCGCCAGAGCGGUACUGUCAGGGAACUGACAUCGGAGCCAGAGGCGGAGGCUAGGCUCUCAAGCGAUGCUGGAGAAGGGACCAGCAGGGGGAGAGGCGGCUCACCAGCUGGGGAAGGAAAUCAGCGUAACACCAGGAAUAAAGGGAGGCAGAUGGGGGAAUUGGCGAGGGGGCUCCAGGACUCCUCGCCGGAGUUCAGCGAGGAGAGCACGGGUCCUCCGCUACCCACGCCCUCCCUGCGCAGAAGACUUCCGCGCAGGGAGAGUAGGAGGAGACUUGGAGUCAAACAACUUUUAUGCUGGAAAAGAUUUAAGAAACGCCCACUGACGGAUUCUGCUAGCGACUGAACAGCCACGAAGUGUAGGGCUGUCCAGACAGAAAAGGUUUAACAAGGCAACCUAGCCAGGAGUGGCACCAACUUGCGCACGAGCAACCCCUACGUUUAUGACAGGUACCUUUUUAUCUACUUGCACUUUGACAUGCUUUCGAACUGCUAGGUUGGCAGGAGCAGGGACCGAGCAACCGGAGCUCACCCUGUCUCGGGGAUUUGAACCGCCGACCUUCUGAUCAGCAAGUCCUAGGCUCUGUGGUUUAACCCACAGCGCCACCCGCAUCCCAAAAUACAGGAUAAAAACAAGUAAAUAAGUAAAACCAAACAGCGAAACAAUAACCCCCCGCCCUUCCCACAGACACAUUUAAAGGAUGUAGGAUAUUAAUCAGCCAAAGGCCUGGUUGAAGUUUUUGCCUGAUGCUGAAAAAUAUAUAGUGAAGGUGCCAGGCGAACUUCCCUGGGGAGGGCAUUCCACUGACGGGGAGCCACUGCAGAAAAGGCCCCGUUUUUGUGUUACCACCCUCCGGACCUCACGUGGAGGAUGUACACGAAGAAGGGAUUCAGUUAAUGAACGCAGAGUCUGGGAUGGUUUAUAUGGAAAGAGGCGGUCCUUCAGGUAUUGCGAUCCUGAGCCGUUAAAGGCUUAAUGGUACUAUUAACAGUACUAUUUAUUAAAUUUACAGAUCACUUUUUUUUUUUUACCGGUCUCAUGCUUGACCAACUGAGCUGUUAUUGAACAAAUUUGUUUCUUAAUUUUUGGGCUGCAGAGGCAUGUAGGUUGGUUCUCUGUAUUGGGAGGCUAACCUGUGGUCCUCCAGAGUUUGCCAUGCUACAAUUCCCAUUGCCCAAAAUGUUGGCCAUGCUGGUCUUUGGGGCUGAUGGGAGUUGUAGUUCAGCAACAUCUGGAAGGGCACAGGUUUCUCCCCAUCAUGUCCUAGGUUAUAAACCUUAUUAGGUAAAGGUAAAGGAACCCUGGACGGUUAAGUCCAGUCAAAUGUGACUAUGGGAUUGCAGCGUUCAUCUCGCUUUCAGGCCGAGGGAGCUGGCGUUUGUCCACAGACAGUUUUCCAGGUCAUGUGGUCAGCAGGACUAAACCGCUUCUGGUGCAACAGGACACCGUGACAGAAACCAGAGCGCACGGAAACGUCGUUUACCUUCCCGCCACAGUGGUACCUAUUUAUAUACUUGCACUGGUGUGCUUUCACAACAAGGUUGGCAGAAGCAGGGACAGAGCAACGGGAGCUCACUCCAUCACGGGGAUUUGAACCACCGACCUUCCGAUUGGCAAGCCCAAGAGGCUCAGUGGUUUAGACCACAGCGCCACCCGUUCCCAAUGUGAAAUAUGUUUCCCUUCUGUUGAAUUAGGAGAAACUAGGUCAGAUGAUGAAAGGAGGAGCCAACAACGUGCUUCUGAAGUUAUACCUAGAAGCUUGUGUGCACCUCUGUAGCAAGCUGAGCUUUCGGAGCCCAGCUUCUUCUCACGAGCUGCGGGGAGCUGUGCUCGCAGAGACCAAGAGAGACCUGCUCUCCAUGGUGGGGAACGAUGAUCUCAGCCCAGAGCUUCUGGGACAUGCGCUGUGUCUUACUCCUUUGCUCCUGACUCCAAGGUAAGUAGAUUAAUUGCCAGAGGAGCCAGUGUAGUGUAGUGGUUAAGAGCAGUGGACUCGUAAUCUGGUGAACUGGGUUUGCUUCCCCGCUCCUCCACGUGCAGCUGCUGGGUGACCAUGGGCCAGUCACACUUCUCUGAAGUCUCUCAGCCUCACUCACCUCACAGAGUGUUUGUUGUGGGGGAGGAAGGGAAAGGAUGUUAGCCGCUUUGAGACUCCUGAAGGGGAGUGAUAAAGUGGGAUAUCAAAUCCAAACUUUUCUUCUUCCGAAUACCUGCGGAUCGCAGGUGGGCAGACUGCUGUUGUGCUCAUGUCCAGUAUAAAGGCUUUCCACAAACGUUCAGCCACUGUGAGAACAGGAUGCUGGACUAGAUGGGCCAUUGGCCUGAGUUAGCAGGGCUCGUUCUUAAUAUCUUUUGUGUCUGGGGUGGGGAACUUCGGCCUCCCAGAUGAUGCUACACUGCAGGAAUGGCAGGUGAAAUGGAUGGAAAAUGCAGAAAUGGCUAAAUUAACUGACAGAAUCAGCAAGAAAGAGUAUUUAAGGAAGAUUUGUAGACUAUCUAGAAAACUAUUGUAAACAAAGACGUUGGCAGGUUUAGAAUAAAUUCAGCAGUAUAUAGUUAACUGAGAUAAGAUUGAAAAAGAAAAGCACACCGAUUGAUUAGAAUGUGCAGCAAAAAAAGGGUGACCAAAACAAACCAUGGAAGGGGUGGAAGGGAAGUCAAUAUUAAAUGUAUGAUAUGUGUUUUGGUGACCAUAAAAGUUGUUUUUUAAAGAAAAGAUAUUUUAUUUUAUUUUAUUUUUUAAAAAUUAUUGGUUUUCCAAAUUUAUAACAAACAUAUCCACAAACAUAAAAAGAAAACAUCAGAAAACAAACAAACAAACAUUUAUCCUAAUUCGACUUCCUCGAAUCCCCCUGGCUGAGUUUCCAUAUAAAUCAUUGUAGUAGUUUUCCAAAACUAUUUUCACAUAAAAUUUACUUGGUCCAUUAACAUCUUUCUUUCUUUUCAUUUUGACUUUUGUCCAUAAUAUCCUACAACAUCACAUAUUUAGAUCCUAGGCCAAUCUGAUACUCGCAAGUAAUUCUAUUUAAGUUAUAACCAAAUAAUCUUUGAAUUUCUUCCAUUAUUUAUUUUUUAUUUUUUAAAGAUGUCGCUACACUACAGCUUUUAUCAUCCCUAGCCAUCUGUCAUGCUGACUGAGGCUGAUGUGAGAUUGAGUCCAGCAAUGCCUGGAGUGUCACGGUUUCUCGGCACAAAAAUAUAAAGGUUCUCCCUGUUCCCAGCACAAAAAAGCCCAAAGGCAAGGGUGGCAUGGAACGAACUUGAGGGAUGGUUUGCUUUCAGUUUUCCGCAAAUAACAUACAGCCGUACCUUGGAAGUCGAACGGAAUCCGUCCGACUUCCAAAAUGUUCAGAAACCAAAGUGCGGCUUCCAAUUGGCUGCAGGAAGCUCCUGCAGCCAAUCAGAAGCCGCGGAAGCCCCAUCGGACGUUCGGCUUUCAAAAACAGUUCGCAAACCGGAACACUCACUUCCGGGUUUCAAACAUUCGGGAGGCGAUUUGUUCGAGGCCAAGGCGUUUGAGAUCCAAGGUACGAUUGUACUAGAAAAACGACCUCCUGGCAUCAUUAAGGGCCACGUGCUAGAGAUGGACGCUUGGAAGUUAGUGUUGGCCUUCACUCUCGUUUAUUACAAAUGUUCUUUCCUCUUGUGACAGUACUGAGGAUUAUCCUUUACUGGAACAGUGGUGUGCAGUUAUCGACCAGUGCAGCAACCCCCUGUCUUCAGAGGCGCUCAGAAUGGCUGUGGCAAAGUCGCUGAGAAUAUCUGGAGCCGAUGUGCUCUGGAGAGCCCAAACAUCCUCCAGCUCGUCCCUUCGUGCCCUGGCAAUACGGUACGUAGCUAUGGGGCCAGGGGGCCAGCAUCCUUGGGAAACUGCCACGGCCAUAGCUGUCAACUUUCAGAUUUGAAAAUAAGGGAUCAGCAGCCUCGAAAAUAAGGGAUCAGCAGGCUCACCUGUCCCGGGGACAGUCUACGGGAUAUCUAACAAUCCGGGAUAGCAGCGGGAAACAGCGCUGGAAUAAGGGAAUUUCCCACCAAAAAAGGGAAGGUUGACAGCUAUGGCCAGAGCACGGCCGACACCUCUUUGCCUUGCCUCUCCCAGCACCCACGUUUAUUCCCCAAGCAGCACCAUGGGGCUUGAUCUACCUACCCAUUUAGUUUGCGUGGCAAUUCCCGCCCCCUCCCACAGAUGGAGUAAAUAAAGACACCGGACACCAGAAUUUAGGUUAAUGGGCGAAAAAUGGCCACAACUUUAUUGGUUACAGGUAAGAGUGGUAUUGGCUUUAGGCAUUGGCCCUAACAGACUAUCCGGUCUAACCGGGAAGGGUUAAGCACCAACAGGGGGAGCCCCCGAGAUGCACAUCCCUAGGCGCUCCCCAAGGGGUUACCGCUCGGGAGCGCGCUUUAGGCCCUAGCCUCCGUAGGUUUCGGACGAGGCGACGCCCCCCCGGAGUCCUUUAAUGAACUACCCUUCAAGAUUUGGGGGAGGUGAUGGCGUUCCUCCCCCCCGACUUCAUUUGCAUAACAAUACCCCUGCCAAUGCCUACCGCCAAAACCGAGGAGUUGUGACGUUUUGCUACGAGGGAGGCGAAAAAACCAAGUGGCUUCUAAAAUACAGCCAAUUAGCCAAAUGGAAAAACUCCUACCAGGCCACUUGCGGCGACCAGCCGAAGCCCAUAGCAAAGUCCGAAUGCAAACCUAGAGGACGGGUGGGUGGGAAACCGCAGCUGCUGUAAGGAGAGAAAAGGGGCGAGCCAGGGCCGCCCCUACCGCCAACCAAUCGUGACGACGACGACCCAAUCGUGGGUGACGACUAUGAAUGAGAAUGGGAAUCCCUGAGUCCUGCGGGGCUGGCGCCAGCCCCGCGAGAAUGUAGACGGGGGUGUGAGCCCGCAACCCCCCCCCCUUAGGUCGGGAGUGGCUUUCCCCCACAAUGAAAUCUCUGACCCAGUGUCACUGUGGGAAAUCAGGUCAGCUUUCUGUUCAUUGCACAGGGCUGAGUUCUUUUGAGACCUCGCCUUCCUGCCGCCCGCCAAAUCGAUUUUGCUUUGAUUUGAAUUUCACUGCCUGAUUUCACAGCCUGAUUGGUGUGGCCGUUUGCCUGCUUCAGGACGAAGACCACGAAGUGAGGCACGAGGCCUCCAUCUUUGCCAGCCUUGUGGCGCAACGACGGCAAGCAGCCUCGGGGGUUCCGCCUCAAAGCGGCUGCAUCUUGCUUCAGAGCAACAAGGGCCUGGUUCUCCUAUUGCAGUUCCUGCUGGAGAAGUUUGGGGAUUGCCCAGAAGCCUUUCCAUCUCUGGUGUGUCACCUUCCCUCCGUGGACCUCAGAGAUGCCUUGACAGAGUUAGAAGCCAAAGGGUGAGGAACAGAAGGAGCCAUGGAACUGGAAGGGGGGAUAGAGAAAUUUGUUGCAAACAAGGAAGAAGGUGCUUUAUACUCUGGUUACCAAUUUUUUUCCAAUGAAUCCGGGGACCCCCUUUUUUUUUUUUUUUUUGAAGCUGAGGAGCAACAGGGAGUCAGUAGUGGGGAUGGUGAGGCAAAAGACCCUGGGCCCAAGCACACAUAAGGUAAAGGUAAAGGGACCCCUGACCAUUAGGUCCAGUCGUGGCCGACUCUGGGGUUGCGGUGCUCAUCUGACGUACAGCUUCCGGGUCAUGUGGCCAGCAUGACCAAGCUGCUUCUGGAGAACCAGAGCAGCGCACGGAAACGCUGUUUACCUUCCCGCUGGAGCGGUACCUAUUUAUCUACUUGCACUUUGACGUGCUUUCGAACUGCUAGGUUGGCAGGAGCAGGGACCGAGCAAUGGGAGCUCAUCCCGUCAUCGUGGGGAUUCGAAUCGCUGACCUUCUGAUCAACAAGCCCUAGGCUCUGUGGUUUAACCCACAGCACCACCCAUUUUUGACUGAUCGGGCAGGCUCGGGAGUCACGGGCGGGCAGGCGGCUGUUGCCCAGGUUUUUUUUAAAAAAAACCUGCACAUUUUUGUUUCACAAGGUGCAAAAGAAGGGCUUUGCACCUUGCCUGGCAGAGAAACCACGUGCCUUGCACCCCUCCUGGGCAAUGCCCGCCCGUGACUCCCAAGCCUCUCCUGAUCUCUCAAAACAAAGGGGGCAGGGGGAAGGAGAUCUGUACCGCCAGACAUCCCUGGUUCCCCUUCAGCAGUGGCAGCAGCAGUGAGCAGCUCCUGAAGCCUGCCAGAGCCAACUGCGCUACCAGGCUGGCUCCGGGCUGCUGAGGCUGCCACUGCCACGUUUCCCGGGGACAAAUUUGCAAAUCUGGGGACAUUCCGGGGACGGAAUUUGUCCAGGAACAGAUUUGCAAAUCUGGGGACAUCUGGUAACCCUGCUUUAUAUUAAAUUAGACCAGUUGGUCCAUUCAGCACAAUUUUGUCUACCCUGGUGGGCAGCAGCUCUACAGGGUUUGGGGCAAUUGCUGGGACCACCACAACCCUUCUGGUGAAGGGCAGUUAAUAAUCUAACCACCACCACAAGGACUUCCAUAUGUUAUUGGACUACGGUUUUCAUCACCCCGAUCAUUGGCCGUACUGUUGAGACUGAUGGGAGUUGGAGUCCAACGACAUCUGGAGGGCACUGAGUUAGGGAAGGCUGCUCUGGAGUAUGACCCAAUGAAUUUAUUUGUUAUCUUGCUUGGGAUUUGCUAAGGAAGGCCAUAUAGCUCAGUUUUAGAGGGUGGCGCUGUGGGUUAAACCACAGAGCCUAGGACUUGCUGAUCAGAAGGUUGGCGGUUUGAAUCCCCGCGACGGGGUGAGCUCCCGUUGCUCAGUCCCAGCUCCUGCCAACCUAGCAGUUCAAAAGCACGCCAGUGCAAGUAGAUAAAUAGGUACCGCUCCGGCGGGAAGGUAAACGGCGUUUCCGUGCGCUGCUCUGGUUUGCCAGAAGCGGCUUAGUCAUGCUGGCCACAUGACCCGGAAGCUGGACGCCGGCUCCCUCGGCCAAUAAAGCAAGAUGAGCACCGCAACCCCAGAGUUGUCCGCGACUGGACCUAACAGUCAGGGGUCCCUUUACCUUUAGAGGAUCUGCUUUGCAUGCCAAAGGUUUCAGGUUCGAUUCCCCGGACUCUCUAGGAAGAGCAGAAGACCUUAAAUGAGAACUUUAUUUAGGUUCUCAUUUAAGAAAAAACCUGAAACCUUCCUCCUAGGCAUAAUGCCACCAGAAAUCAAAAAAAGAAAUUAGACCCCUUUCUAUGUACCCGACAGUAGCAGCCAGGAUCUUAAUUGCAAGAAACUGGAAAAGUAAUAAAACACCUAUGAUAAAUGAGUGGCAGGUCCAAAUGAUAGAAUAUCUGCAGCUGGCCAUGAUGACAGGCAGUGUCAGGGGUUAUCCAAAACAGAAAGUACAGAAAGAAUGGGAAACCUUUAAAGAAUACCUGGAAAACUAUUGUAAUAAUAAACAUAUCCUGGCAGAACUAGAAUGGUUUUUGCAAAAUAAGAAAUCUAAUAUUUUUGGUAUCUGAUGAAAACAAAGAAAGUAAUACAGUAAUCUGGAACUGUGUGUGAAAAAAUAAUAGAAAUAAUAAUACAAUGAGUCUAAUCGGAAGUCAAAUGUGUUUAUUUCCCCCCCUUUUAUUUAUUUAUUUAUUUAUUUAUUGAAUUUUUAUUGGAAUUUUAUUUACAACAUAACACAACCCCCCCAUACACAUUAGACGUGAACAUAACACACAGUGAACAUAACACACAACAAUACAAACAGCCAAAUAAAGACUUCCUUUAUCGUGUAUCUGGCCUCCUUAUUUACUUCUUAUAAACUGUGUCCUUUAUGAAUAAUUAUUAAGAAUUUUCUGAUUAUAACUUAAAUAGCCACAAAGUCUUUUCAUUCUUUCUUUAAAUCUUUUUCUUCUUCUUCUUCUUCUUUUUCUCUCUACCUUCUUUUUUUUUUGGCGCUUUUCUUUUUGAUCUGCUAAGAAAGAGAUAAAAAUUGAAUAUGAAAAUUUGAGUAAGUUAAAGUUCAACUUACUCUUUUAAUUUUUCAACUAUUGUUAAAGAUGGUUGUCAGGGGUUCAGGGAGAGAGGCACAGGGUAGGCAGGAGACGGAGAGCGAUGGGGAGGAAUUCCAAGCCAGCGAGGAAGAGGAUGACAAUGACUCAAGAGAUUCCAUGAGUCUUUCCAGCGAAUCAGAGGAUUCCCAGAAGGGGGCGCCGGUGGUUAAGGCCAGGGGAGCCCCAGGGGGGACGUGUCAGGAGCAGGGGGCCAGAAAGGAUCCCAAAGUGGCAGCUGGGCGUCAGGACCAGCCUCCCCACCAGAGUGCAGCGAAGGGGGUGGAGUUUCCAAUGUGUCAGAGGAAGCAGCUCCGGGAGCAGAGAAAGGAGGGAAGUCAGAGCAAGCCACCCUUCCGGAAGGGGAGGGGAGCAGUGAAGGGAGUAGUGUAACUGUCAAAAGGAAAGUUAGAGGUUUGGCGCGCGCGCCUAGUUCAAAUGUAGAGGCGCGCGGAAGUACAGGGAGCCCGGAGGAGGGGCCAGGUCCCAAAGCCCGCAGGAGGGGGAAGAGCAGUCUGGGGAUUCAGCGUCAGAGGAAUCCAGGAGGGGCGAAACCCCAGCGGGCAGAAGGACCCUGCGGAAAAGGAAGGAGAGAAAGAGGUGGAGCAGCGCAAGCCUCUUAAAUUGGUGCAGGGGAGGGACGGAUUCAGAGGGGACUUCAGCGGUCUAAGCGUAAGAGACGUAAGGCUGCGCGCCUAGGAUGUCAAGCAAACAAUGAACUGCAAUAAACACCUUGGUAUAUAAGAAGACAUAGGCGUUGGUCUUUUGUGAGCUGAGACUUGAGGCAGCUUUGACAAUGGUCAGUUGUAAUGAGCUGAUGUAGUAAUUAUUGUGGAUUUUUUGUUAUUGUUGAAUCUUAAAUAAAGUAUUCAAAGAACAACAACAACAACAAAAUAGGAAGAGGAGAAGAAAAAUGUUAUUUAGCUUGCUAAAUCAAAUACAGUGGCUUUUAAGCACAUCUCUCUCUCUCUCUUUCAGGGUCGUCAGUCUUUACAAAGAGGACGAGCCCAACGUUUACGCAGAACCAGUUAUCUUUUCUCAAACGCUGCUGCCUUUUCUCCUCCAGCUGCUUGGCAAAGCGUCCACCUCCCUGAAGCUUUGGGUACCAAUGCAGGACUGGCUAAAAGCCACUGGGCCCGGAGUCUUCUCAAGCCUCCAUCACUGCAGGCUGUGGUGGAGCCAAGGUGAGUUUGAAACCUGCAGAGCAGUUAUUAUUACUGUUUAUUCAAUUUAUGUACCGCCCUUCAUCGCAAGAUUUCGGGACGGUUCACAGAAUAAAAUACAAGAUGAAACACAAGUAAGUAAAUAAUUAAAACAAAGACUACAAAACAGUAAACCCUCCCCUUCCCACAGUUGCGUUUAAAAAGCCGUAGGAUAUUAAUCAGCUGGGAACAUUUUUGCCUGGCAUCUAAAAUAUAUAUACCUGAAGGAGCGUCUCCACCCCCGUCGUUCAGCCCGGACACCAGGGUCCACCUCAGAGGGCCUACGGUGGUUCCCUCACUGCGAGAAGUGAGGUUACAGGGAACCAGGCAGAGGGCCUUAUCGGUAGUGGCGCCCGCCCUGUGGAACGCCCUCCCAUCAGAUGUCAAGGAAAUAAACCACUAUCUGACUUUUAGAAGACAGCUGAAGGCAGCCCUGUUUAGGGAAGCUUUUUAUGAUUGAUGUUUUGUUUGAUGCUUUAUUAUUAUUACUAUUAUUAUUAAUUAAUCACAUUCUGUUGGGAGCCACCCAGAGUGGCUGGGGAAACCCAGCCAGAUGAGCGGGGUAUAAAAUAAUAAUAUUAAUAAUAAUAAUAAUAGUUGUUGUUGUUGUUGUUGUUGUUAUCAUUAUCAUCAUCCUCAUCAAUGGGAAUUGCCACCCCAAAUGUCUUGAGGGCACUCAGUUGGGGAAGGGCUGGCAUCAGCGCUCAAAAAUGUCUUCUGCAUCUUUCAGCUGACAGCACUUCUCUGCACCUGAAGGCUCUGGGUUGUCCAAAAGUCCAUGUUGCCAUCGCAGCACUGCUGGUCAAGGCUGUCCUUGUGGCAAACAUGCUGGAGGUCCUGGAAAAGACGAGUCAACCCAACGUCGAAGGGAUUGACUUCACUGCCCAGAAGCUGAGAUGCGUGGCUUUGUCUACUCAGAAGCUGCUGACUCAACAUGGAAUGACUCUUGCAAUCAACUUAGAGACAGGGCAAGACUCGUUCUGA